AUGGAGACAGUUUUACUGAUUCUGCUUGGACUACACACAGUGAUGGGAAUGGGGUAAGUAAAAGUGAAACCAGUCAGUGAAUGAUUAACAACAUUAAAAGACAAUAAAGGUGGAACUGUAAGAUCAGUCAGUGUACGGAUCCCACAAACAGACAUUUCAGACAGACAUUUAAAUUUAUCAAAAAGACAGUGUAUUUGUGUUAAAAGUGUGUUUGCAGCAUGCAGCCAUCAUGCAAAUCCAACCUGCAUCAUCACACUAAAUGAGAUGCUAUGUUUGCCGCUGAUUAUGCCUUUUGUCUCCAGUUUUGGGUCUUUGGGGCAUUUAAUUUUCCGUACACAGCAAAAACUCAGAUUUACCUAAAUAUACCUUAAUAUAUGUCAUAUUGACCUGUGUGGUCCAAAUAUAAAUCUAAUUUUAGAUAUUACAAGGUAUUAACUGACAGUAAUCAGUAAAAAUAGCUCCCAUUUCAGCAAGCAAAGAUCCUUUAAAAGGCUGUGAGAGAAAAUGUUAUACCAAUUAUAAUUACUUGACUUGACAGGUCAGUGCGGCUUAUGAUAAAUGGGAUGACAUAUAUUUAAUAAGAUUUGAGACAUUUACUUGGUGUGGUUUGACUUUUUUGAGGAGUAAAUGUCCACUUUUUGUCAAACAUGGAGUCAAAACUCACAGUACAAUAUCUUUAUUCUCAUUCACAUUUGUCAUACUUGUUCAAUCCUUCAAUAUCUUAUUUGUUGAAGAGUUCCAAAUUGAAGUAUGUAAUUCUGAAUGUUUUUAGAAGCCUUGGUGUUCUGAUAUCAUGAUUUUGGCCUCAGUGUGCUGCUACAUGGGGUGUGUCAAGGUUUUUUUUUUUAACCAGGGGGCCCAGCUAGAGCUCUGAAUUAUGAUUCAAUUAGGUUAGAUACAACUUUAUUCAUCCUUUUGAAAAGGUUCUCUCAAGGAAAUUAAAAAGGGGACCGUAAAGUAUUAGCACCCUGUUUUUCUUUGGUUUGCAUACAUACUUUAAAGCUCCUGUUAGGCUCCUUAGACAUUAGUGAAAUACACUUCAAUCAAUAUUACUAGUUUUUCAUGAUUUUUAAAAGCAAACAAGACCAUAGGUGAAUUUGUAUAUAGCAAUUAUAAUGCCUGAACUGGUUUGAGGGGGUAGGUGUGAUUGAGCGGCUGUGGAAACAGCCCUGGUUUUUAUAAUUAACAUAUAAUUCUUACAAUGAGUGAAAAACAUCAACAUGUGAAUUUUCAUCAGAAGACACAUUUUCAGCAUGUAAAGGACAACAUAAGACUACUACUACUACUACAGUCCACAGGGGGCGCCAAACAAUAAAACUUUUUCACGGGAGCUUUAACAUAUCAAGAUUCAUAGAGAUAAGGAAAUUCAAAGUAAAAUUUUUCAACUUUAAGAUGCAGCACAACUAAAUGGCAACAUUUAAAUCUUACAUAGUCAAAUUGAAAGCACUUAAAAAACUGCAAACAAUUACCUGCCUGUAGUUAAAAACACAUUCAUUGGUGACAUAUAUUGGGUACUAAAACAUGCUCGCAAUUUUCUCCCCCCUCCUUUGCACAUUUCAUAAAACAGAAUCAUUUUAGUUUUAGUUUUCACAAGUACAAACAAAAGUAAAUGUGCUACAUUGAAGUGAAGCUACUGGUAGCCUGCUGCAAGAAAAGUCCAUCAAGUUCAGUCAAAUAUAAAUUUUGUAUCUAUCUAAUCAAAGUUUAAGGUUUCUUGGGGUGGCGCCUGAGGUGGCAGAUCAUAUUUCUGUGGGGGGUAAAGGGCUAUACCACCCCUUGCUACCCCUCUUGACACACUCCUGCUGCCGUAGCAAAACAAACCCUCAAACUUUAUAACAUCUAAUAUAAUGCCUAUAAGUAGGGUUAAUGAAUAACUAAACAAACUAAGUUACCCAAAAACAGAAUCUAAUGAUCGCAACCGGUACCAUUAAAUCAAUAACAACUGAACAAUAAUCAUGUGAAGUAGAUCACAGUUAAAACCUUAAGCCUGAGUCAGGAACUGCUUUUUUUUAAAUAUCUCACCACUGUUUUGUAACAGGGUUUGUCAAAAUGGAUCACAUAUGCGAUGGCAAAUUUUCCAGUUCUUGUAGUGGUACACUCAGGAAGUACAUUAAUGUGUCGAGAGAUAAUCUGGUGGACAAAAUGGCAAUAAAGGUCGUAUGGAAAUGGAAGGAUGAUGAGAGGACUGUGAAAGUAAUUUGAUUCAAUAGCUACAUGGAAAAUCUGCUGCAAAGAGCAAAGUUACUGAUUAGAAUUUUAGGAACAAUGAAGAAUUUGUUCAUACAGUCACAUCAUGCCUGAAUGUCUCACUCAUUAAUUUUGUUGCUGAUGCAUUUUUGUGUUUAAAUGGAGAGUCUUUAUCCCUGUAGAAGCACAAAGUUUAUUUACUGGCCUUUGAAUUCAGAACUCAAACAUAUGCCAAUGCUUUUUUAGCUUUGACAGACACUUUACCCACAGGUCAAGUCAACAAAAAUACAAACAAGUCUUUGUAUUUUUGCACAGACACUGGUGUGAGCACACAGUGGUUGAGAAAGUGGAACGAAUCUUGUCUCCACGGCUGCAGCUUGAGGUGAGCUGCACUGAGGUGUAUCGGUACAACACUGAAGGCUGGAGGCUGGAUGUGGACAGGAUGCGAGUUAAACAUGGAGGCGAUGAUGGCAUCGCACUCUACUACAAACAACAGGGUCCCAGGGCAUCCUGUUUCAUGUACAAGUAAGUGGAGAAAAGUUUGGUAAAUUGUGUCUUAAUGUUUCAGACUCUAAGACUUGGCGGGUUGUUGGUUCCUCAUCAGGGGGGCUGAUAUAUGCCUGACUGGAUUAAUUUUUCUCUGUCUGGUGUGUUUAAAAGAAAUAUACAUCUGUCAUGUCCAUUGAAAAUCGAUAAAGGGGUUUUCCUUAUUCAAGAGUGUGUUAUUUUUUGUUGGAAAGUGAGACCUUUGUGUUACAGGUUCAAAUUUUACAGUUCUUCUUUUCUUAAACCUCUGAUGGCCCUUACUUAUGAGUGGGUUAGGCUUUGGGUACUGUCAGACAACCUGAAUGUGAGAAAACUCUGCAUUAUGUUCAUUUGUUUUGGUAUAUUUUGUCACAAUGCACAUUAGCAGACUGAGUGUAAGUGAAGGAAAAUUACAGAAACAUAUUUGUGUGUUAAUUUCUCCUGUGUAAUACUUUUAAAAUGAACGCACUGCAGGAGAUAAAACUUUCAUGAAAUGGAGAAAAACUCUGUGUCUCAUAAAAAUAUGGCCCUCUAAUCCCUUUGUGAAUCUUAAAGUCUUAACAAUGCAGAGACAUAAACAUUUGAAUCCUCUGCCUGACAUGCCUGUUUUUUUACAGACCACCAGAGAUGGAAAACCAGACAAUGAAUAAGACAGUGAGGGCGUGUUGUGAAGGCUGGGGUGGACCACGCUGCUCUGAGGGUGAGGCCAUAAAAUUGCUAAAAAAUAAAAAUAAAAGCUCCCACAGUUGAUAAACAUAUCCCUCACUAACAGUAACACUAAGAGCACAGUAUUGACCUGCUUUGAGUCUCAGAAUAAUUUUGUCUGGGAUGGGAUUUCACCAAAAAAAAAAAAAUAUUGAUUUGCCAUUUCUUAUUCGCUUGAGGCAGCAACUAAAGCCGACGUUUUCCAUUUGCCAUUUUUUCUUGUCUUAAUUUUAAUGUUUUGCAUCUCUUCAACAUUUCUGCUCAUCUAAUCUCAUCCUCACAGGUGUGGGUGUGCGUGGCCAGUGUUACUCUACUUGGAGUUGUGAGGACUUCCCUGGAGUCCAUAACUCCUCUCUGAUGCCCAUUGAGCAGUGCUGCGGCAGCCUUUGGGGUCUGAGCUGGAAGAAUGCCUCAGAUCAGACCUGCCUGUCCUGCACCUACACUCUCCUCCCUGGUGUGAAGAUAUCUGACACUUCCACUUUUGCAUGAUUGCAUCUUAGAUUUUUCACACCAAAAAGUUUGCAGCAGCACACUGCUUGUAUGUAAUGUAACAGAAAACUCUUCUGUCUCUCCUCUGCAGACUCCCAAUCUUCCCCUCUGGUGCGGGGUGGUCUGCUGGGCAGCCUUAGGUUGCCUCAGAGCUCAGCUACCUGCAUGUCCUGGGGUGGGGCCCACUACCGCACUUUUGACAGGAAGCACUUCCACUUUCAGGGCAGCUGCACUUACCUGCUGGCCUCAUCCACUGAUGGCACCUGGGCUGUCUACAUCAGCACAGUCUGUGAUGAGGGAGGACACUGCAGUAAGGUGUGAUACAAGGCAGAGUUUAGCUGCAUUAUCAAAAAGGGAAAAUUGCUGUUAAUUGCGGAAGGUCAGACUGGUGCCGGUUCAAACUGGUUUUUGCUUAGGCUUUUUUUUGUUAUUUGCUAGUGCCAUAAUGUGCCUUCUUAUCAAUGAAAGACUGCUCUCAACUUGUUCUGUGUUCAUACCCUCCUGCUCCCAGGCUUUGAGGAUGAUGUUGGGCCUAGAUUUGGUCACCAUUCAUCACAACAACCUCACUCUGAACAACCUUCCUGUCCCACAUGGUGAACCAAUCUUCCAAAAUGGUGAGCUGUGUAUGAAGCUUUCUCCUGGUAACAUUUCUUGCCUGAUAUUGUAAAUGUAACAACGCAUUGUCUGAGACCACACCAAAGGUGAUAAUUUCAGAUUUUCUCCUGUUGCACCAGGACAGGUUUGCACUAAACCAGUUAAAGCGAUGUUUUUAUACUAAAAAGACAGUGAAUCUUUCAGGUCUCAUUGCACCAUUUGGCUUAUUUCCUUUGUACACUUUUUGGAUAGCAUAGUGCAGCAUUUGGAUGGUUGGCUGAUAGGUCUUGGUCUAUAAUACAGUAUUUGCAUUGCAUCUACUGUGGUUGUAACUAAGAAACACACUAAAACAGGCCUUGUUUUAUUGUUGAUAAACUAGGGUAUGCUGUAGACAUAAAAUUAGUGACUGGGACCAUAAUCACAUAAUUACAAAAUGUCCACUGAGGUCAUCAGGCUACUUCAUAGUCAUGGUUAUUACACAGACGGUACGGUGACCAUACAUCCUCUUUUACCUGCACAUGUCCUCGUUUUGGGGGGGUUGUCAUGCUUGUCUCGCCUUUGUCUGGGGGAGAUUAUAAAAUCCCUCAAAUGUCCAGGGUUUUGUAUGGAAGUUUUGAGCUUGUGUAGUGUGGACUAACUGAGUUAGAAGUGCGUAAAAAACACUUGACCCGACCUGAAAAAAAUUUUACUACGUAUGUCUCCGCCCUGUGUAGUGGUGUUCUCUUUCUUGGGUUUCAGAAUAUGGUCAUCCUAACAGAAGGGAAACACACUUCAUUCUAAAGUUAUCCAGAAAGUAACUAAGCUUUAAUCACGCUCUGUUAUUCUUUGUCCUUUUCCAGGAGUGAGUGUUCAUUGGCUUGGGGACUUUGUGUUUGUGGAGAGCGGUCUGGGAGUGAGACUGAAGUUUGACCUGACUAACACGGUCUACUUGACAGUCACUGCGGAGCACCUGGCUGCCACUAGGGGACUCUGCGGAGUGUACAACAACAACGUUGACGGUAUGGGAAGUGCACAUUGGAAGCUCUUAAAGCUCCUGUGGGGAGUUUUUUAACAUUUAUAAAAUAUUGUACUGUCCAUUUUGAUGCCGUGUAUGAUAUACAAAUGCGAACAAGACGAUCAUUGACAAGGCUGACGAUUUUUAUUUAUUCAGUUAUUUUUGAUGCCUGAAACAAGUGCAAGGGGGAAGUUGUCAGUGGAGCCAUUCAAAAAAGCCCUGUUUUUGUAUUUUCCAAAUUAUAUAUCCACAAAUAUAUAUAUAUAUUUGAGCAGGAUUUCUUUGUCAGAAGAUACUGUCUAAGCAUGGUGAAGACAAGAUAAGCAAAGAUUGCUUUGUCCACAGGGGGCGCCAAACUGACUCAAACCAAAAGUUCCUUACAGGAGCUUUAAGUCAAAAUCAUAGUGUAACAUUAAGCAUUUUCUAACUUAACCUUUCUGACUUGGGGCUCUUUAUUCUUACAUUUUUCUUAACUCAAUUAUCUCAUUUUGACCUGUUUGUGUGUUUUUGCCAUAGAUGACUUCACAACCAUGAGUGGCACCCUAUCCCAGUAUGCUGCCAGCUUUGGCAACUCAUGGAAAGUUCCUGACCAGCAGAAUGAAGUACAGCACAUUACACCACAUGCAUGACAUUACAUGAGUAUUUUCCUUUUUAUAGGACAACAGAUUAUUGCUCCCACAGUUUUUUUGUUGUUGAUUAAACAGCAAAAUGAAAUUAUUGAGCUCUCAGUCAAUUUGAUGCAUCAAAUAUGGUCCAAAAGUUUAGAAACUACUAUCAACAGUUGAAAAAAGUUUGAAUUUGACAUAAAUAUAUAUUGUUUUGUGGUACUUCUUCAUUUGAAACAAACAACUAAGUAUUUUCAUUAGUCUGACCCUCUGCAAUUGGUAUCUCUUUGUUUCCCCUCAGGCCUGCAGUGAUGCCGCUGAGCUGGGUCACAGCUGUGAUGUCUCAGGAGACCCUGCACUACGCAGACAUGCUGAAUCAGUGUGUCACCGACUGCUGGAGGACCCCUUCACACACUGUCACCACCGGGUUAGACAACCCAGCUAUGAAUCACAGUCACAUGUCAUGACAAUCAGAUUUUAAGUUUCAUUCAAUGGAAAGCUAAGCACAGCAUGAUCUUUAUAUGAAAAAGCUUCAAAGAAUAGAUAAUUAAUCAGGUGUCAUUGUGAGCAACUUGCACUUAUAUGCAACAAUGAUUAACAGAGCUUAUAAAACUCUGAUAAAUAGUUAACAAAUUAUGAUAUGGUGGUGUUAAUAUAGGGCACUUCUCAAGUUUGACCUAGAAUCUACAACUAGAUCACUCUUUCAAAUUAUGAAGUAUUCCUUUUGAUAAUUUUCUGUUUGAUUUGUUGAUGCAUGUUGUUGAUGCAUGUCUGUAAAGACUGCACAUUUUAUUCAUAAUUACAUUUAAAAAAUAAUCACCACAGUCUCUCUGCAUUGUUAGUCCACUGUGUGCAGGACUCAUGAAUGAUUUUGCACACGCCUGCUUGUUGCAAAUACAUAAUCCUUUUUUUGUUGGUUUCUUUAAGCUUGUGUCUUUGUUUCUUUCAGGUGGACCCAGCAGCAUACAAAGACACCUGUCUCUACCUGUUCUGCAGCCUCCCGCCCAAAGAGAGAGACUCAGCAGUGUGUGACACCCUGGCCAGUUACGCCAGAGAGUGCGCCCAGCAACAUGUCAUCAUAGUGUGGAGGACGGCUGCUCUGUGUGGUACUAAAAUAUAACUAUUAGAGUAUUCUGUAGCAGUUUAUUGUGUGAGAAAACAAAAUGAAAACAGCUUUGAGGAGUAAUUGUUAUAAAAAAACGUAUUAACCAAAAUAGAAGUAGCAUUUUAAAGUGGGCACAAGUGACAUUUACAGUUUAAAGGCUGUGUAAGGAGCUUUUGACCAAUUUUUAAAUUGUCUUAUUCUUAAGAUAAUUAAACAAGAUUAUCACAGAUAAGAUUAAUUAUUUAUUCUUAUUGAACAUGAGCGGCAAUGCUUUGGUUGUAUUUUCGGUAACAAAAGCCAAUUUGCUUCUCUGUGCUCACUCAAAGUUUAGUAGUGAUGUUUUAUGCUCAAAGCUUGAACAGGAGCCGGAUUAACUAAAAGGGGACAACUUUCUGUUGAAAUAUCAUUGUCAACCGAGGAACACAAACAGGAUUUUGCUGGGUAAAAGCACAAAGUUGCCAUGAACAGGAUCCAAUGUUCAUACUGGUGUGUGAAUGCACUGUGUUAAAAAAAAGGCAUGACUCUGUAGUGCUUUGAAAUGCUUUGGAAGAAACUCAUUACAGCAACUUGUAUCUGCCCUUUUAUUCUCUCAGUCACAACCCUGACCUUAAGACUAUAGGUUAGGGUUGGAUGAUAGGUAAAGGAGUAAACCCAAAGCUUCGCAUUCCAGCCCAGCUCCUUUAAUCCAUUUUGUCCUCACUCAUGAACAAGACUUCAAGAUAUUCAAACUUCUUCGCUUGGGGCAAAAACUCACCCCCGGCACAGAGAGAGCAGUCCGCUGUUUUCCAACAGAAAAUUAUCACCUUCACCUUAUGUUAACUCUCACCCCUGCCACUUUGCACCAGGCUGCAGACCACCCUAAUGUGUGCUGUAGUCAUAGCCUGGUGAAGCCAACAAAACCACCCCAACAUGACAAGGAAAUUUUAAGUCCAACAAACUGGAGACACAAGUUCACCCAGCUGCACCUUGGGAUCCUGUCCUGGAAAAGCACACCCAGAAUCAUGAUGCUGGUGGAGCACUAUAUGCACUGGGAACUUGUCUUACUUUGUGCAGAGUAGAGUAAUGUCUAAAAAACAUUUAAUUAAUUCUUUUAAAUGUUGUAACAAUGGAAAAUGAGCUGCAAACACUCAGUCUAUGAGACUUUAAGGAAAGUACACUCGAUGCAUUUGUAAGUUCAUGCCUCCUCUUUGUUUUUUCAGGUCGUGUCUGUCCCAGAGGUCAGGUGUUCUCAGACUGUGUAUCCUCCUGUCCCCCCAGCUGCACAUCCCCUCAACACCCUGGGCCUGCUGCAGCCAUGGGGCAGUGCAGGGAGGAGUGUGUGGGGGGCUGUGAGUGUCCACCAGGCCUCUACCUUCACCAAGGACAGUGUUUAAAAAGAGACGACUGUCCCUGUUUUCAUCGCAGGCGCACCUACCAAUCAGGGGACAGAAUACAGCAGAGGUGCAACACCUGGUAAGUCCUCCAUACAUCAUUUAUUUUCAUUCUUUAUUUCCAGACUUCACAUUUCACUUUUGUAACCUAAAUUCUUUCAGUGUGUGCAAAGCCGGUCAGUGGCAGUGUACUGAGGAGAAGUGUGCAGCCCAGUGCAGCCUGAUGGGGGCGCUACAGGUGACCACCUUUGACAAGAAGAGGUAUUCACUGCAGGGUGGAGACUGUGCGUUCACAGCUGUGGAGGUGAGACACAUGAAAUGCAAACAUACACACAGUUUGGUUGACAUUUUUCUGCAUGUGGUAACACUUACUGCUUAUUCUUACAGGACUUUGUUGAUAGAAAGUUGGUGGUGAGUGUGCGGAGUGGGGAGUGCACAGCAGGAGGAGGUGGAGGUGGGGGAGUAGAAGGUGGAGGUGGAGGGGGCCUGAGUUGUUUGCGGGAGAUGUCUGUGACAGCACUCCGCACUACAGUCACUAUUACAGAAACUGGUGAGUCAGAUAUAUACUCAGUUGUGCAAAGUUAAACUAGUUUACUAAUUUUCAUAACUUUGAAGUUAUUGCCAGUAAUCAACCUAAGAUGUUUAAAAAAAUCAAGAUGAUGCAAGAGUGCAUAACCUGAGUGCUUGAGGCUGGUUAUAUUUUAUUAGCUUUACUUUUCUGAAGUCUAAGAGUUAUGCAAGGUGAGGGUGUGACGGAUCAUUUGACCGACAUAUGGAUGUGUUGUAGCUAGGUGAAAAGGUUAUAUGGUUUUAACUCCAUCUCAUUUCCCAUUUCUACACUAAUGUAAAGUUAUGUCAGACUAUCAUUUUCAAUAUGGUGAAAAUGCCAAAUUUGAGCUUUACAUUACCUGUUAAAGGUGUAAAGUGCACUGUGGGUCCCUGAGUAUAACUUUGGGAAGGGCCUGACAUCAAGGAUGUGCACAGGGAGGGAAAAAGGUGAUUCAUGCACAAAUGUAAAAUAACUGGACCCAUGGACAAUAAAUAUGCAGAAUCAGAUUGAUGAAAACAAAUGUUGUUCCUCUCGCACUAAUUAACAAAUCACCAUAAAACGAUGGCGAGGGCUAAGAGAAUGACCAUAUUAUUAAAACAUUGUUAUUUAUACUUCAAAUCUGACUCUGGUACUCCCAGGUACAGUAACAUUAAAUGGUCAGAGGGAGUCGCUGCCUGUGGUGACCGGGGACCUGGUUGUGCGUAGGGCUUCGUCAUCAUUUCUACUCAUACAGACUUUUGGAGCCCAGUUGCUUUGGCACUUAGGUGGACCAUUGGCGCUCAUCACACUACAACCUGGAUUUGCAAACAAGGUAUUCUUUGAUGUAGUAAUAAUAACUGUCUUAAAUUUCCGAAGGGGGUUAAACCAGAUGUUAAGUCCAGAACAUGCAGUUAGAAACUUUCUCUUUCACUUUCCAAACAUUCUUAAAACAGGAAAUAGAUUACAAUCAGCUUUGAAUGUCCAAAAGUGUGUAAUAUGUUGUUUUAUCUAAAACCUCUAAAUGUUGUACUUAAGGUGCGUGGCCUGUGUGGGACUCUAACCUGGAGCCAGCAUGAUGACUUCACCACUCCAGAAGGAGACGUGGAGAACAGUGUGUCAUCCUUUGCAGGAAAAUUCACCACUGAACGCUGUGCUCUACCUAAAGGAGCUCCUCCUGACCCCUGCACCACCUACAACCAGAUGAGACAGUUUGCAGAGAGAGUGUGCUCCAUCAUUCACAGCUCUGUCUUUCAGGUAGGUCAAAUGAAGUUCCUUAAUCCCCCUGCUGCCUAAGGAGUAAUUCUUCUCUUUUUUUUACACAUGCACCUCUGAACUUCUCCCUCUGAUUUUGCAGGUGUGUCAUGAUGUGGUGGAGAGGGAGCCCUAUUAUCAUCUCUGUCUGUCAGAGGUUUGUGGCUGCCAUCCACAGAGGACCUGUCACUGUAACAUCCUCACUGCCUACAGCAGACACUGUGCUCAGGAGGGCGCUUCUAUCCACUGGAGAAAUCAAACCUUCUGUUGUAAGUUUUUAGACUUGUGACAGAUACAACUCAGGGUAUUUUAGAGUUAUAAUUAGAAAGAAUAAAGACACAUCUUCAACAAUAACACCAAAAAAUGGCCCUCACUUCAGUUAUCUGAUGGCCACCAUUGCAUUGUGUUUCAUAGGGACUGUUUAUUUAUCUGUCCUGACAUUACGACACAACAUGACAGGACAUGACAUGGCACAAUAUGCUAUAUGAUACAGUACAGUACUGAACAAUAUGAUAUGAUAUGCUUUGAUACGAUACCAUGUGUAUGAUUCAGUUAAAAUUUAGCACAGUACUAAUCAACACACAUGAUGAAACCAUCAUUCCAUGAUAAAAAAGUUAACUUAGGCAAUGAACCAAUUAAGACCGGGUGGUGUUUCUGGCUGAAAACAAAUGUACUUAAAUUGCAACCAGAGAAGUCUCCACCUGCUGGCUGUUAGAAAGAAUGCAGGUGCACAUCCAAUUUCAUAUCAACUUUACUUUUGAAACAAUGAAUGUCCACUGCUUUUGUGCAGUUUAUGCAAUAUACCCAAUUUAGUGGUCACAUGACCUGGAUCAGGGGCGGCACAGUGGUGCAGUGGUUAGCACUGUCAUCUCACAGCAAGAAGGUCCUGGGUUCGGAUCUGGGUCAGGGUGUUUCUGUGUGGAGUUUGCAUAUUCUCCCUGUGUCUGCGUGAGUUUACUCCAGUUACCUCCCACAUCCCAAAAAUGUUCAAGAGUGGGGUUAGGUUAAUUGGUCACUUUCAAAUUGCCCGUAGGUGUGAAUGUGAGUGUGGAUGGUUGUACGUCUCUAUAUGUUAGCCCUGUGAUGAACUGGCAACUUGUCCAAGGUGUCCCUUGCCUUCGCCCCAAGAUGCUGGGAUAGGCUCCUCCAGACCCCCAACAGAAAAGCAGUAGAAAAUGGAUUAGAAAGAAUGCAGGUGCAUACGUAAUUUGCACCUGCAUUCCUCCAUCCAUUCAUCCACUUGAAAAUGGAUGAAUGGAUGGAUGACCUAGAUCUUAUUCAGACACUGACAACAGGACAAAUGCUUGACUUUAAAAGCACUAAAUUAUGAAUUGACAGAAUUGAGUCUGCUCUUACUUCCAACCAUGUUAACGAUAAUUAAUUGCAUUUUGUACCAAACUAUUUCCCCGUCUCCUGUCAUUCCAGCGGUCCAGUGCUCAGGCGGUCAGGUGUACCAGGAGUGUGGUCGUGCCUGUGGGAGUUCCUGCUCAGAGGGUUGGAGCUGUGAUGAUGAUGGUGGUGAUGAGAUGGGUCUGAGAACAUGUAUUCCAGGUUGCCAGUGCCCAACAGGACUAGUGCAGGACCACCAGGGCCAGUGUGUGCCCAUCACUAUGUGCCCCUGUGUGCAAGGAGACAAGACGUACCCAUCUGGAGCUGUUAUUACCAACAACUGUAACACUUGGUAUGUUGUAAUCUAAUCCAUAUUGGUCCUCAAUACCAUCUACAAUAAAAAUUAAAGAUAAAAAUUAUUAAAAAUUUUAGUAAAAUCAAAUUCUAACAUUAAAAGUCCAUAUAUAAAAAUAUGAAUGUGAGUUUUAUGGUUUUUACUAAGAUCAGACUAUUUUACAGCUCCAUCUAACUCUUCAUGGCAACAUUAAACUCAGGUUGAAUAUUAAAUCACUGCCCACACACAUGUGCUCUUGCAGCUUGAAACAGCCGACACACGAAACCUGUGAAAAGAAAACAUCAUGGCCGUGGUUAACUCAGCAUAAACUCUCAAUGACCCACUUGCACAGACAAUAUUUUACAGCAUGUCAUAAAAACAGAGCUUGUCUCUGUUAUUGCUUCUUUUAUUACGGUUGUAUUGUGAUAAAGAAUCAGAGGGUGUGUUUCCACUGUUGUUUGUUAAGUAUAGGUUUAAUGCAUCCACAAUUUCACACUUAAACAGAAGUCCCCCUGGUUUCACCUGCUCAGAUCAAGUGUUGUCAAAAUGUACCUGAAAUCAUCUUAGUUUUUAGUCCAGUUUCGUGCAAUAGAGGUAGUUUUUUUCAUUCUGUUGGAAGCAUUUCCUAGAUGCUUCUAUGAGCUACCAUAAAGCCAAAUUACACAAAAUUUGGGCAUAUUUAGCUUCUGCUUCUAGUUACACAUGGCAGUUUUAUGCUGAACCACUUUUAAAGAAAGUUGUUCUGUGCACAAAUUUUGAUUUAUCUCUGAAUGCGUGUAACUUCAUGCUGAACAUGUACAGUAUUGCAUAAACCAGAAUAUCCCCUGAGACUCCUGGUGGUGCAAGAGCUCUGAUGAAAUCGCCCUAUGUUCCUGCUACCUGAUACAGGAUAGGUUGAUUUCAUUGCAUCUCUUCACUGCACAAACACAGCCACUAUCACUAAAGCUACUGUUUAUUUGGUAAUCUCUCAUUUUAUUAUAUGUUCAUGUUUGUAUCAAUGAAUUGCCAAAGUUUUACUUUUUUGUGUUUUAUUUGCAAGACAGUUGACCUAAUUGACUGCUCCUGUAAAACAGAUUGCAUUUGGGAUAAUAAUUAAGCUGCUGUACAAUAUGGUGUACAGUAGAUCCAUUCAUCUAGACUGAAUGAUAAGCCAUGCUGAUUAAAUGAACUUACACCACAUGGCACCUUUAUUGCACUUUUAUUAUAUUUUAUAAGCUUUUCUCUGGGAUUCAAAGUGACAUUUAUCUGCAGUGAACUGUUGUGAUUCAGAAUAUCACUAGAGGGCUCUCUUUCACAGUUAAACUAUGGAUUUACAAUUGCUCCACUUUGUUUUCCAACUUUGCCUGUUUUUUUUUUUUCUUUUUUAGUUACAACUGUUAGAUGCACCAAUCAUUUAUUGAAAGGUCUAAAUGUUUUCUCCAAAGCCUUACAUCAUAAAGUAUGAUAAGCUAUACAUUUUUUCAUAUGAUAUCAGUGUUGACUUCCUCUCUUAUUUCUGACAGUGUAUGUGUCCAGGGACAGUUUAACUGCACUCAGGAGCACUGUGAGGAGGUAAACAGGUGUCCAGGCAGUUUAAUUUACUCGCCACGCUCCUGCCUUCUUACCUGUUCCAGCCUGGACCCUCCAGGCCAGCAGCAGGGGUCUGGUGUUUCACAGUCUAGCUGCAGAGAACCCCUGUCUGGGUGUGUCUGUCCCCAGGGAACUGUGCUACUGGUGAGUGAAUCCAAUUUUUUUUUUAGCUAACUAGAUCAACACUUCUUAUAAUGGUAUAUUUAGAUGUAGAAGAGCACCAGGUGAGUGGAUGUACUUUAAGGUUUCUGUAUGUUUACUUUUUUUUUUUUAGUAAUUCUGCAAUUUGUCUAAUUUUCAUUCUUUUACUCAUAUGAGUAAAAGGAUGGCAAUGACAUAAAAUAUAAAGCAAUUUUAUGGCAAAAAAAACAACAACAAAAAAAGAUUCUUUGCUAUUAUCUGAUAAAGGAUAUGUUUUUGAAAUUAAGACAAAUAAACCAGAAAAAAAUUGUGACUUGUCAUUGCAGACACCGAUGUAGCCAAUAUUGACUAAUUAAAAAGGACUCGUUCCAUAUAGCAUUAAAUACAGCUUUAUAGUGAGCUUGCAUAUACAGGAUACACAACUAGGACACUGGUAAAGCUAAAUAGAAUGCGGCCACAAAUGCGUUUUCGUUUGCGGAAAUCAGAAGCUUAAUUAUCCUUGAUGAAAAACUCGCAGGUACUGUAUGACUACGUUUUUAAAUAUAUCUUACUGAUAAAUAGACUGUAAAUACAGUAAUAUUGCUAUAUUUCGUAAAGAGUCUGGCCAUGUAGCCUAACAACAAAAUGCAGGACAGUAAAACCAACCAGCCAAUUGUUGCUAAUUGUCAGUUAGACACUAAGAUGUUUACACUGAAAAGCUAAGCAAGAUGGGGCACACUUCUUUAAUCUGAGCUUGUCUCCAGGUAGGAAGAUAACCGAUUGAACUGCAAACUGAAAAAAUGAUAUUGUGUGAUGUUAUUGUCUUGUAAAAGCAUUAGCCUACCAGUACGCCAAAAGAGACAUUUAGAACCUGGUUCUAGUUUGUUUACAAGAGCUUGCUAAGGAUGGUUAAAAAGUGAAAAUUGACAGGCAUAACACGAUAAUAAUCCUGAAUGUUGCAACUGUUUGUUUUAAGCAAGGUUAUUAUUGUUAUUGUUUUAAAGAAAACAUUAUGAUAUCUCCACUAGUAAUAAUCACUUUUUAGUUUAUGUACCUUUUCUGCAUUGUUUACCUGUUUUACUUAAAUAAGGUGUAUUUAGAUCUUACAAACCUUAACUGUGGACUUUGCCAUAACAUGAAUGUCCAAGAAUGUCAGUAAGGGAUUUAAUAUCCUUUUGAUGCAAAACCUUAAACAGGAAGUUAUCAAAAAUUACGCAUUGCCAUUGAAUUUACACAAAUUAGUUAUAAGCACAAGACUUUAUUACACCACCACCAUGCAUUACAGUAAUAAAUACAUGAUGAUUCUAUAAAAGUUAAAUCAUCAUCUCUUGUUCACUGUCUCAACAAAACCUAAAACUUUGGGAUGCAUUCGAUUUUAGAGAUGAUCUUAAGGCUCAUCUGGCAGGUAAAUGUAUGAAAACACAUCAAAAGGGGUUCAUUGUAAAACUUCAGUGUGAGUGGUAAACAGAAACACAGGUGAUCGAUAUCUCAUGCUUUGACCCUGUAUGGCUACAAUGAAGUCUGUGAAUUGUGUUUACUUUUAGGGUGAUAACUGUGUUCUUCCUGAUGAGUGCCCAUGCCACCAUAAUGGUCGACUUUACUACACCAAUGAUACCAUUACUAAGGACUGCAACACAUGGUAAUGUAUGCAGCUGUCUCAUUGUAUAGCAUCACUUUAAUGUUAUAAAGUAGAAUCGCAGCUUACCUACAUUCAUUCCUGCAGUGUGUGUAAGGAGCGGCGCUGGCACUGCAGCCAGUCUGCCUGUGCAGGUGUGUGCUUGGCAACUGGAGACCCACACUAUGUGACAUUUGAUGGACGCUGUUACUCUUUCCUGGGUGACUGCCAGUAUGUGUUGGCGAGGGAGACGAGUGGUUUGUUCAGUGUCACAGCAGAGAACGUGCCCUGUGGAAGUACAGGGGUUACCUGUACAAAGUCAGUGACCCUCAGCCUGGGGAAUACGGUCAUACAUCUGUUGAGAGGUAGGUAGAACGGUUCUACAAAGAGCAAAGAGCAUAACUUUAAGUCCAGAGGUUCCUCAGUUGCCCAAGCUAGUUGUUGUGUGUCUGUCCUUAAGGUAAAGCCGUGACUGUAAAUGGGAUGCCUGUAAGUCUACCAAAGUCUUACAGUGGCAGUGGUCUAACUUUGGAAAGAGUCGGACUGUUCGUCUCCCUUUCUUCAAAAUUGGGGGUCACACUCCUCUGGGAUGGAGGUAGAGCACACACAUCUCAAAACUUCUGCAGCUUUGAAUUGUCUCCUAACAACUUUGAUUUUGUCGGCAAAUAGUAGUGUGGCCUACUGCCUGUUCAGAGGCCAACUGAUGCUUGGCUAUUUGUGUUUCAGACAAUGUUUGUAGUAUUGAAAAUUGAGUCACACAGCCCAAGAACUGCUUCCUGUGGUAGAAGAAACCUGUAUAGAAAAAUACAAAAUUUGGGACCUAUCAUAGGCCAUUAUUACCUGAUAUAAUCUGCAUGAGUCUGGCUCAAAAGUUUUGUCCUCAUGUUAUGUUGAAAAUAUAUAAAUAUUUUACUGAUUGUUAUUGAAGACACAUGUCAUAAAGCCAAAUAGUUCCUAAUCCAUUGGUUCUGUCUGUGUCGGUAUGCAGAGGUCAAUAAAUGAUUCUGUAGUCAUGAUGUCAAACCUCCUGUUGUCUUUAGGUAUGCGGGUGUAUGUCCGUCUGGCCGCCCACCUGCGGGGUAGGGUUGGGGGUCUGUGUGGUAACUUUGAUGGGGACACAGAAAAUGAUUUCACUACACGGCAGGGCAUUGUGGAGUCCACACCUGAACUGUUUGGAAACUCCUGGAAGGUCAGCCCCUCCUGCCCUGACGUGGCAAACCAGGACCUCCGUGACCCAUGUGCUGUGAGUUCAGAGAAGACCUGUCAUUGCGUUCGCCAUUUACACAGAAACAGACCCAGUUGGAAGUAAACUGUCACUUUUUUCUAUGAACAAAAGUGCACUAACUUUUCUUUCUCUGUCUUGUUCAGCUGAACCCCCACAGGAUGACUUGGGCCAGGAAAAAGUGUGCAGUCCUGACUCAGGAGCUCUUCUCUCAGUGUCAUUCUGAGGUGCCCUUCCAGCAGUAUUAUGACUGGUGUGUCUUUGAUGCAUGCGGGUGAGUGACAGACAUUAAACUUAAUAUCAGUACACAAUAUUUACUCUUGAGAAAAUCUGAGAUAUACAGAUAUUCUUUAUCAUGUCCAGGACAUUGAUUUUUGGAUCAUAUCAAUUUACAGCAGUCUCUCCUUCCAAAAAUAAUCUGUAUCCCCUUACAAUACAGACAGAAAUAUUUAACCACAGCUCUUACCAUGUAACUGACUGUCUUUGUGUUGCAGUUGUGACUCAGGUGGGGACUGUGAGUGUCUCUGCACAGCUAUUGCCGCCUACGCUGAGGAGUGUAACCGACGUGGGGUUUACAUCCGCUGGAGGUCCCAGGAGCUCUGUCGUAUGUCAGAGACAAACAACAAACACAUAUCCACAUUUGUUCUAGUAAUGCAGUCUAUCUUAAUGUGUCAUAUGUCUCACCUCAUUCCUUACAGCUCUGCAGUGUGAGAACGGGCUGGUGUAUGAUCCUUGUGGCCCGGCUUGCUCCCCCUCAUGUCCAAGUGUUCAGAAAAAUCCACACUCGCAGUGUGGUGUUCUCUCCUGUAUGGAGGGCUGCUUCUGUCCCGCUGGAACUGUCCGACAUGGUAAGACAGAUUAACUAAACUAAGCGUGAGCUACCAGGAAUGAUAAUGUGUUAAAAAAAAUGUCAUGUUUUCAUGGGUGUAUCUCUUGAGUAUACAUUGUGCUCCAAAGAGGAUGACUUGUCACAUUUUAGAGUCUUGGUGACAAUUUCAGAUUGAAUGUUUGAAACUUAGAAAGCUCUCUUGACAAACACUUUCAGCUGCGGAGAGUUUUUUUUAUUUUUAUUUUUUUCUCCAAAACUAAUAGGAUUUCAAUGCAUGUAAAUAUCAAGAGGAUAAACUGUUUUUAUUUUUGGCACAACAUUACCUUUGCCUUUUCAAAGGAUCAACACUACAGUAUUUUCCAAACUGCCUUUCUUUCAAUGAGCCUGUACUCUUUGUCUUUCUUUACACCCUGCAUAUCUCAGGGCAACUUUCUUUAUUUUAAACUGGUGAAGCUCAUAGGACAUCAAAAUGAUCUCUUUCACUUUUUUUGCUUUAUAGGUGACAGUUGCGUAGCUCCCACUCAGUGUCCAUGCGAGUGGGAUGGCUCCAUGUUUCCAGCUGGGUCAAUCAUCACUCAGCACUGUCAGAACUGGUCAGUCAAUGCAAAUGCAUAAAGACACGAUGAAGGAUGCUCUGUAUUGUUGAGUAACCAUGCCAUUGUUUGUGUCCCCAGUUCCUGUGAGGAUGGUAUGUGGCAGUGUCAGGGUGUUCCCUGUCCCCCUCCUUCCCCUCCUUGUCUUGAGUCGGAGUUUACCUGUGCCGGGGGGCGCUGCAUCCCCUCUCAGUGGGUGUGUGACAAUGAAGAUGACUGUGGGGAUGGAUCAGAUGAGAUCUGCCCAUUUACCUGCUCACCAGAACAAUUCCGCUGCAGCAGCACACCAAGGUGAAACAAAACUCAGGGAAGUUCAUCAGCAAGCAUAAGUACUAAGGAAGACCAGAACACUCUUCUUGGGAUAGUUCCACACAAAAUUGGUCUGAGUUUCUCUGAGGCUGAACACAAAUGAUCCGUUAACCUCCAGCUGUCUGAUAUGAUGCAGUUUAUCAAUGAAUAUACUCUUAGUUUUACUUAUACAACACUGGCAAAGGUUUACCAAACAAUCAUUUAUUAACAGUUUUUUCAGUCCUCCAGUCCUUGAAAUAAUUACAUUCAUCUAAUAUAUACAGGAUUGCUAGAAUGAGUUCAGAACAGCCAGCUGUUUUAUAAAACGAAAAUGUCAGUCUUCAACAGAAUUUAUUAAAGUGUAAUGACCCCAACCUUGCAGCGGACCAUGUUUGAGUCUAGCCCUGCGAUGUGAUGGCCACCCAGACUGCGUCGACCAAUCAGAUGAGGAGUUCUGUGGGCCUGCAACUCCUGUGCCUCUAUGUCCACCAGGGGAGUUUCAGUGUGCUAGUGGAAAGUGUCUGCCAGCCAGCCGUGUGUGUGACGGACGGCUGGACUGUGGUUUUGCUGAUGGAUCUGAUGAGCAAGGUAUAACUAUAACUCUAUUAUAGCAGUAUACUCAGCACAUAAAGUUAGACACAUGUUAAGAAGCUUUAAGUGGUGACUUUUUUAGUACGAUAUGUAUGUAAACUUAUGAUGGACUGUACUUUUGGUCCUCCAGACUGUGGUGUAGUGUGUGAUGAGGGAGAAUUCUUGUGUGCUGGAGGACGCUGUAUCCUAUACAUCCAUCGCUGUGAUGGACAUGAUGACUGUGGGGACCUCAGUGAUGAAAGAGGGUGCGUCUUCAGUUCUAUUAAACAGCAGAUUUGGGCAUUUUAAGUAAAUUAAAUCAGUUUUUAUUUAUAAGUAUAUUUUUAAGGAGAAAUUUCUGACAUUUAUACAUAUAUGUAAGUUUUGGUUAUGAAUGGUCUAUGCUUCAAACUGAUUCCUACAACUGUGUAAUCUUCUUGGAAGAUAUAAGUGGUGCAACCGUGAAAAUUAAAAAGAUAAAACACAUGACAAUAAUAACUUAUUAAAACAGAGAUUGGUAAUUAAACAACAUAUUGCAAACAAUUUAAGUUGAACAACAAAGAAAUUAAUGAAAUUACCAUGUUCGCCCUCAUAAAACCAACAGAAAAAGAAAAAUAGCUGGGAUCAUUCUGACCACAUUCUCAUUCAUCGGUCUCUUCCUGUUUUGCUGAUGCUGUCCCUCAGCACCCUCACAUGUGACAUUCACGUUAUACUUUAACUUCAUCUAACACUAAAUAAUUUUCCUCAGCAGAGUGUGAAGCAAAAAUGACAGCAACCUUAAUGUAAAUUAAAUUUACCAUGAAAUAACAAAAACAAAGACAACUUUUAAAGACAACAUAUUAACUUGUCAUCAUGGCGACCCUUGCUUUGUAUAUACUGCCCGUAACAACAUAAGAUGAACUCAAAGCAACACAGACAUCAGACUCCAAAUAAAAUUGAAAGAAAGCUCCAUCAGUUACUACAAGUCAUUUGUAGCUAUGCCAUUUGUGUUCAUAGUAUAAAGGUUUUUUUGUGUGUGUGUGUUUUAGGUGUGUGUGUUCAAAAGGAGAGUUCCAGUGUCCUGGAGGUCAGUGUAUCUCUGCUAACAAAGUGUGUGACGGACACAGAGACUGCACCUCAGGAACUGAUGAAGCCGUCUGUCCAAGUAAAGGUAAACAUGGCAGAGCUGUGCACCAACUUUUUUAAGAGGGAGUAAACUUUUGACAGAAAAUAAAAUAUAAUAUGAACCAAAUACACAUUUUGGACAGCCAGGAGGUUUUUUGUUUAACCGGCAUCAUAAAAAAGUCCAAAAUUCUGCCGUUAUUACAACUUAAAUUAAGUCAACACCAGACAGGAGGACAUAUGCCUGAGGGCAAAAAGGCACCGUUUGCAUUUUUGGACCACACUUACAAAAAAAGUAGCUGUCGUGAUAUCUGUUUGUGGUUCGCAGUAACCUGUGCUCCUGACCAGCUGGCCUGCAGUGAUGGUACAUGUGUGGCAAAGACUAAGUUAUGUGAUGGUACAAGAGACUGUCCGAAUGGAGAGGAUGAAAACACAACCAACUGCUACGCUUUUAGUGUAACACCUUCAUCCUCAGCUGUCACUCCAACAGUGCCUACAACAGGUAACCACACUCAUGAUAUAGAGAUUCAUGGAGUGAAUCAAGUGUUCGCUCUGUAAAAUCACACCUCUGUGUCUGCAGUUUGUAGGUCAUAUGAGUUCAGCUGUGCCACUGCUGGGCAGUGUGUGCCUCAGGCCUGGCGUUGUGAUGGGGAAACAGACUGUUUGGAUGGUAGUGAUGAGCAGCAGUGUAGCGUCCCCUGUGGCCCCGGCCAGGUGACUUGUCUCAGUGGGGACCAAUGUGUGGACUACCAGCAGCUAUGUGACGGGAUUCCACAGUGCAGAGAUGCAUCUGACGAGAGUAUCGACACCUGUGGUGAGUUUGUGUAACUGCAAAUAUUAAGACAAAAGAGGGUGAAAACAAGAAACAUCAUAGACGCAUUAAAGGAUCAUAUCAUAACCUCACAAAACAGCAUUGAUGUUAAAAAAAUUUUGUCGGUCGACUAGGCUCUAUUCGGAUACCUCCAUGUCCAGGCAGCUUCUCAUGUGACAACCGUACCUGUGUGAACAUGACACAAGUGUGCAACGGUGUCCCAGACUGUCCUCGAGGCGACGAUGAGUUGGUGUGUGGUGAGUUCUCACAAGUUGAGGCAAAGAGAGCGAGGUGAGAGUGGAAGUGAAGAUGAAUGAAAUGAUGGCUUAGUGCGAAGGAAGAAUAGAAGGGAAAUUAAAGUCAUAAAGAAAGAGGCGUUAAAGGCCCUUGUAUGCAGUGUCUGAUAAAUCAGCUUUGGCUCUUAAAAUCUGUGGUGCGGUGAAUGAUGAUUCUGAAAUAUACUUCUGUACAGAUAAGACUAUCUCACCACUGCCACCUGGCAGCAGAAACACCACAGUCACCUGUCCCGAAUUUACCUGCAAGGAUGGAUCUUGUGUCCCCUUCAACAUGGUUAGUCCAUUGUUUAUUAAUGUACAUGAUUACUUCUUAAAAAUUAAAAAACAUGGAGUGGUAAGAUUUAUUUUUAUAAGUUUUUUGAUAAUCAAUAUUUCACAUAUAAAAUGUUUUUGAUAUUUUAAAAACUGGUUCCAAACUAGCAUCUUUUCUCCUUCAGGGAAUAAUAUGAUUAUUUCACUCUCUUCCCUCCUCUUAGGUGUGUAAUGGAGUUGCAGAUUGCCCUGACUCCUCAUUAACUCCUCUUGGAGUCCCCACUGAUGAGCAGAGCUGUAGAAGCUGGAGCUCCUGGGGUCCAUGGAGUGGCUGCAGCACCUCUUGUGGCACAGGCUCCAUGAUCCGAGAAAGAACCUGUCCCCCAGGGGACCCACUGCAUCACUGUCAUGGACAAGACCACCAGAAACAGCAAUGCUUUAACACCACCUGCCCUAGUAAGGAUGUGGAUAUGAACUACACACAUUCUAUGUAUUUUCAGUAAAGACAGCAACAGGCAAAGCAACAUAUUAAUUCUAAGAAUCUGAAAGGACUUAUAUGACUUAUAAGAGUUCUUUAUUCUCUUACACCCUGCAGUUGAUGGUCAGUGGACGCCAUGGGGAAGCUGGUCAAAUUGCUCUGGUGUUUGUGGUGGAGUGCAAGUCAGACACAGAGGCUGCAUCGCUCCCCGCUAUGGAGGCAGAGACUGUUCCCAGCUCCCUGGAUCAUCCAACCUAACGAUGGAAAUCAGUAAGAACUGUUUGUAGACUAAGAUUGAAGAUAAAAUAGGAGAUAAUGGAAACAUUUUGGAGAAUUUAUAUUUGAAAUAAUCACAGACUUACCAGUGUUGCACAAUUACUACUGUAAGUAAAAAAGCACUUAUUUAAAGACUUUUAUUUUGUUAAACAGUAGCACAGUAACUUUUUUGAUGGAAAACAGGGGCUGUUGUUUCAUAAAAUUUGUUAUUUUUCAUUGUUAGAUCAAUCCUUUUGUGAUUUCAUUUAGAGUAUUUGUGUGAUUCUGUGAUAAAAAUUCAUAUAGGAAAAAACUACAGGCUGAUCAAACAUAAACUCUUAUCCAAGUGCACAAUUUCAAAUAAAGUGUGAUGAGUUGGUAGAUGGCAAAGAUUUGAAACAAAAACAUUUUCCCCCGUCACACCUCAGAGCCUUGUCCUGAUGAUGGUUGUGCCAACGCCAGCUGUCCCACAGGGCUGGUGAGAUACAACUGCACCCCAUGCCCUGUUUCCUGCGCUCAUAUCAGCAGUGGGAUGACCUGUGAUUCAACAACACCCUGCUCCUCAGGUCAGGCAGCAGAAAUCUGGAAUAAUUUUCUUUCUCUUUCAUUUUUUUUUUGCUUCUUUGUAUUUAAAAAAAAUUACACAAAGCUUUCUUCUGACAAUUUAUAUAUGUCUUGCUCCAGGUUGUUGGUGUGCUGAGGGACAGGUGAUGAACCACAUGCAACAGUGUGUGCUACCUGAGGAGUGUUCCUGUGAGGUGGCAGGUGUGCGCUACUGGCCAGGCCAGCAGAUCAAGGUGGACUGCGAGAUUUGUGUAUGUGAGAGAGGAAGACCGCAGAGAUGUCAACCUAACCCAGACUGUGCAGGUGGGUCUUUCAUACAACAGAAUUCUAAGUUGAUUUUAUCCAAAAACUGUGUUGCAGCUGUGUCAAAAUCUUGUCCUCUGUAACACUACAGUGAACUGUGGCUGGUCAUCAUGGACUGAGUGGGGAGAGUGUUUGGGACCUUGUGGUGUUCAGAGUGUUCAGUGGUCGUUCCGCAGCCCAAACAGUCCUGUCAAGCACGGCGAUGGGAGAGUAUGCAGAGGAAUUUACAGGAAAGCCCGCAGGUAUGUGUUCAUCUGGACUCUCAACUGCUUCUCUUGUUUAAUGUUGAAUUUCUUCAUCUCCACUUGUGGUUAUUUAUGUCCUCUGAUUCCCCUCUGAUCACUUUCCCACUUGUCAAUUAUUUGGUUCAUAAGAUUACCAAAUAAUUGACAAGAAACUCCUAGUAAAACAUUAUGGAAUCACCAGUCUUAAAGGAUGUUCAUUCAGUUGUUUAAUUUUGUAGAAGAAAAAGCAGAUCACAGACAGACAAAAAAUGUGGUAGUCAGUAACAGUUACUUUUUUAGACCAAGAACUCAAUUCUGAGAAAAAAAAAUAUAGAAUCACCCUGUAAAUGUUCUUUCCCAAAACUGACACCUGCAUCAGAUUAGAUCUGCUCGUUAGUCUGCAGUGAUCACACCUUGGAGAGCUGUUGCACCAAGUGGAUUGACAUGAAUCAUGACUCCAACAUGAGAGAUGUCAAUUAAAACAAAGGAGAGGAUUACCAAACACCUUAGAGAGGGUAAAUCACCACGCAAUGUUGCAAAAGAUAUUGGUUGUUCACAAUCAGCUAUGUCUAAAAUCUGACCUAAGUACAAACAACACAGUAAGGUUGUUAAAGGCAAGCAUAUUGGGAGAACAAGGAAGACAUCAAUGCAUUAAGACAGAAAACUUAAUAUGACUUGAAAAUGGAAAAUGCACAGCAAAACAAAUGAGGAAUAAAUGAGAGGAAACACCCAGUUUUCCAGUCGAUCGAGUAGGAUGCUGUGGUCUACUGGGUCGAAAGCGGAACUGAGAUCGAGCAAUACUAGGACUGAAAUUUUGCCAUUGUCUGAGUUUAAGUGGAUGUCGUUAGACUUUGAUAAGAGCAGUCUCAGUGCUGUGGUGCGGUCGAAACCCUGACUGGAAAACAUCAAAACAGUUGUUUAGGACUAAGAAGUUGUGAAGCUGUUAGAAGGCUGCUUUUUCAAUGAUUUUGCUUAAAAACGGGAGGUUCGAUAUAGGCCUAUAAUUGUUCCUUACUGAGUUGUCUAGGUUGCUUUAUUUUAGGAGUGGCUUUAUGACAGCAGUUUUCAGGGCCUGUGGAAAGACACCUGACAGAAGUGACAUGUUGACAAUCUGUAGAAGAUCUGAGGCCAUGCAAUUAGAAACUGUUUUAAAAAAAACCUGUUGGCAGAAUAUCAAGGCAGCAGGUGGAGGAUUUCAGAUUUAGUAUGAUGUCCUCCAGGGUUUUAAUGUUGAUCGGGUUGAAUUGUGUCAUGCUACUGGGGUUAGUACGCAAGGUCAAUGUUAUGGCCUGCAAAUAGUCCGAAUAUCUAUCAAAUUGAAAAUCUAAGGCAGACAUUGAAGGAAAUGGCCCAUGACAAGGCUCCAACCUGCAAAGCUGAUCUGGCAACAGCAAUCAGAGAAAGUUGGAGCCAUAUUGAUGAAGAGUACUGUUUGUCACUCGUUAAGUACAUGCCUCAGAGACUGCAAGCUGUUAUAAAAGCCAGAGGUCGUGCAACAAAUUUUGAGUGCUCUUUUCUUUAUUUGUUUUUCUUGAUUCCAUCAUUUUUCCUCAGAGUUUAGUGAUUCUGUAUUUUUUUUCCCUCUGCUUGGUCUAUAAAAGGAAGUGUUACUGACCAACACCUUUUUUUUCUUGAUUUCUUUUAAUGUUUCUUAAAGCCAGAAAGUUGCCCCUUGAAAUGACUUGAGUUUUUUGUCAUGUCUGUGAUCUGUUUUUUUUCUCCAAAAUUAAACAACUGAAUGAACAUCCUCCAAGACUUGUAAUUUAAUAAUUUUUGCCAGGGGGUGUAUUACUGACUUUGUCUCCAUACCUUGAACCAUGUCUAUUUAUGUGUUUGCAGGUGCCAGACUGACCCCUGUGAUGAGUGUGAGUACCAGGGUCAGUCUCAUGCUGUGGGAGACAGAUGGAGGUCCGACCACUGCCUUUUAUGUCACUGCAGGCCAAACCUUAUGGUUCAGUGUGCCCCCUACUGUCCAUUUGCUGUCAGUGGAUGCCCAGCGGUGAGAGGAGAUUCUUAGAAUUUACAACCAUUUAAUGUAAUGCAUCAAAUGGGUGUGUUGGCAUUUAAGAUUGAGUUUGGUGCAUAAAUUAUUAUUGUUUAAAUCUUAGCUAAUAAAUAAGUCUAACUAACUCAAAGUGAGGCUGCGGGUUUCUCUCCAAGUGCAUGUUUGUGUUUACAGGGCCAAUUAAACAUUUAUAGCAAAGUUUGUUUUGGAGUUUAAUAAUUGUAUGAUUGAUAGUAAUGAUUGAUAAAUUUUAUAUGCAUGGACCUACCUCCACGAUGGCAGUCACUGAGUGAUUUUCUCAGUAUCACUGUGCUCCAAAGCAUCUUUAGCACAUCGGGGGCUGAUUCAAAUGUAACACAGUCAUCUUCUGUCUGUGCAGGGCCAGAGUUUGGUGCCUGGAGAGGGAGACAAGUGCUGUUACUGCGAAGGUAAAACCAUCACUGUCCACCCUUACCAACGCUUGUGUAAUAUCUCCUUUUCUAAUUGUGGCACGUGUGCAAAUCGGACUACUACAUCUUACUAUAUUUUUAGGAGAAAACAACACCAUUCUUGUGACCAUCAGCCCAGACACUAUAACGUCUGCACCAGCAGAGGGCACCAAACCUCUGGUUCCCACAUACCCACUUCCUCCUGGAGGUAAGAUCAGCUGAUCACACAGUUUAGUAGGCAGUGUGUUAAAGAACUUUUUUUUAAGCUUCCAUUAUAUUAAUCACUUCUGAACUAAUUGUGGUGAUCACCUCAUUUUCUUAUUUUCUUCUUGUUUAGAUGAGUGUUGGACUCCUCUUGGUGUUCAGUCUCUCCCAGCCUCCAGUUUCAGUGCCUCCUCACAGCAGACUGGUCACCCACCUGAAACAGGCCGCCUCCACAGCUGGAACGCCCACAGUGACCUACAGGUAGAUCAAGACUUUAAGUUAUUCAGUUGUUCGGAAAUUGGUCCUUUCAGGUGAGAUUUUCUAAAACAAGAUUCUGAAUCCCCAGCAGCUUCAAAAGUGUAGCUGACACAAACCAUUUCAAACUGUGACUUUACAGGAUAAAUCAGAUUACUAGGUCUAAUUUAAUUCAGCAAAGUCCAUAAUUUUAACAUAAAGUGAUGAUCAUUGAAUCAAGGAUAAACACCAAGGGUUAAAAUUCUGAUGGCAUUAAUCACCAACUAAACAUUGAAACUAAAACUGCUUUUUCAUUUGAUCUGCAAUAUAGUGUCUGAUCAUUUGUCUAUUUUUAACCUCUGGAUAUCUUACAUCAGCUUGGAUUGUAAAUCCUUGUUUUGGUAAGGAUUGUUAAAAUGCUCAGUUAGUUUUCAGCAACAGCUUUUUAAGUGUUAUUGUGUGCUCCUGAUUUAAUACCCAUGGUACUGGUGUAUUGUAAUAUUGCAGUGAUAAUUACUUCGUCAGUUGCUACCUCCACUACUGAAAUGGUAUCUUUGAGGUGGUUAGAAACAUCUUUAGUGAUCAUUUAAGAGGGUUUACUUUGAUAUUGGAGUAAAUAUCUCUCUUCAUGUGGCACAGUAGAAUGGUUAACCACCCUGUACAUGCAGAGUAAUGCUAAGAUUGGAUUUCUUUUAACUUAUUUCAUGAAUCAUUUUUACAACCCUGUUUAUUUUAGAACCCAUGACAUGUAUGUGACUGCCCUGCUGUGGGUCACCGUCACUUGAAAGCAAUUUCUGCUGCAACAUCAUCAAUAUGAUGUGUUCUGAUAAUCUGCCAUAGGGCUGGAGUCCAGAGCCUGAGGAGUACAAGGAUCUACCACAGCGGAGUCCUGAAGGACACACAAGCAAAACUCAGAGCCCCUACCUACAGAUAGACCUUCUCCAACCAUACAACAUCACCGGUAAAGCAGGAUACAGGCAGAUUGAAAUUCUUUCUUAUUGUACUAUUCACAAUUGAGAAUUUCAUAUGAGAUAAUGUGCUGUAUAUCGGUGUAAACAAUGUCUCCUCUGUUUUUCUCAAGGUUUGCUAACCCAGGGUGGAGGUGUGUUCGGCACCUUUGUGUCGAGUUUCUAUCUUCAGUUCAGCAGCGAUGGUAGACAGUGGUACACAUAUAAGGAGCUUGUCACUGAUGCUCGACCCAGAGCCAAGGUUAGACUUCACAACUUGUCACUAUAACUUUCUGCUGUGUGCGUAGAAAGCUGCUUGAAGGUCUUGAAGCUUUCUAUUAAUAUUAUCAUUUUACCCCCCAGGUUUUUAACGGUAACCAUGAUGACCGAGGAGUAGCAGAGAUCAGACUGGACAGGAUGGUGUCAGCUCAGUUUGUCCGCCUGCUGCCACAUGAUUUCCAGAACGGCAUCUACCUUCGACUAGAGAUCAUGGGCUGUGGAGAUGGUGAGUGGAUAAUGCUACUUUGGAGAGUUGUUUUGGUAGUGUUCUGUGGUUCUGAGUAAAAAUGUAAUCCUUAAAUCUCCCCCUUUCCUCUCUUCCAGGUGAACACUGGUUUGUGACAUCAGCUCCACCCUCCCCUGUCUCUCCAGUAGGGGGCUGCAGAGAUAAAGAGUUCCACUGUGAAAAUGGUCGCUGUGUGCCAGCAGGUCCAUUGGGAGUUGUCUGUGAUGGGGUCAAUGACUGUGGGGAUGGGUCAGAUGAGAUGCAUUGUGGUGAAUUUUCCAAUUUCUCACAUAUAUUUUUUUUAGAGAUAUGCCACAUAAGUGUGUUUAUUUUAGUUUGUUUUUAGAAAGAAAACCAGGUUACAGUAUCAGCCGUCUCUGAUCCUGCUUCUUUUUCAUCGUUCUUUGUGACUCCAAGAAGUUGCACACACAGUAACUGAAAGGUAACACUAACUUUUCCGUGACUAUUUCUGCAUGCAGGUACAAAGCCUUCCUCUACAACCACCAGUCCUCGAAGCUGCCCUGCUGGACAGUUCUCCUGCCCUCCACCAGGGGGCUGCAUUGACAAAGGAAAACGUUGUGAUGGGAUCCCUCACUGUCCCAAAGGAGAGGAUGAAACUGGCUGCUAUCACCAUGACAACAUGACAACACAGUCAGACAGGUGAAGGGCAUAACUGUUCAUAAUUAUUGGCAACAAAUGGUCUAAUUCUUGACAAAAAGUUACAGUGAUAUUUUAUAGAUUAUGUAUUUGAAUAAUACCUUUUUCUGCUUUUUAAUUCAUGUGUCAUCUCUUGGCUUUGAGUGCCUCUUUUGCUGGUUGUUGUGUGUAGUUUUUGUUUAAUAGAAAUGAAGAAUGAUCUUGGACCAUUUCCCCUCCACCUUAAUGCUAAUUUGUUGUAAAUUACAGGCCACACACAUCCACUCCUGCACCUCUAAGGACUCCAUCAAUGGCGGCUGUCACUCACCCUGCAGUUAAACCAACGGUAGGAAACACUGGAAGUAAUUAUCGGUUUCCCUGAAGCCAAGUUUUUGAGUCAUUGGUUUCCAUUCCCUGAUAGUUUCUUAUUUUAAUGUCUGCUCAGUUCAGAAGGAAUUGGUGUCACUUCAAAUGAACACAUAUGAAUACAAGAGCUAUUUCUAAGUUUUCUUGAUCAAACUAAAAUAGUUACAGACAGAUUCAUAUUAAUGCCAAAGCAGUCUAAAAAGCAAUCUGCUGAAGCCGCCCUGUUUAUCUAAAAGCAACGUUUAUUUUUCAGUCAACAUGUUAAAUUUUCUGAAACAGAUAAUAAGCAUACAGCAAAUAUUUAAACUAGUGGUGCAAUACUGGAGGAAUGUAAUUGAACAAAAUGCAGUAGUCUUUUUAUGUAGCAUUAAACAAGACCCAGAGAUUACAUGUGUAAUGUAGACACAUAUCAAAAUACACUGGCUUUGUUUUGUGUAUUUUUACAGGAUGCUGGGCCAGGAUAUCGCGGUAAGUGUGAAAUUGUUUAUUUUGUAGAUUAGUUGUGUUUUCAGCCUCAGAUAUCUUAUGAAGAAAAUCAAAUAUUGUUGCAAAGCAGAGCAUUCUAGCAAGGGCUUGCAUUUCUGUUCUUUGUGAGACAGUGUAAAUAUGUGUCAUAUUUGCAGGAAUUUGCUCGUCUCCUCUCGGACUGGAGGACGGGAGAAUACGGUAUGGUCAGCUGACUUCAUCCUCGUACCGUGAGAACAAUCCUGCUGAUGCUGGACGACUAAACAUCAUCCCAAAUGUGUGAGAGAUUUGAUCUUUAAAGAGCUCAAAAGCUGCAAAAUUGGAUUAUGGUACAUGUACUCCAAUGAGUGCGGAGAGAGUGGGGAUAUAAUGCAUACAGGAAAUGAUUAACCCCUUUAUCUUCCUUGCAGUCAAGUCAUGGAGCCUGGAUGGAGCCCUUUGCCUACAGACCCUCAACCAUAUUUUCAGGUGGACUUUCUGGAGCCCACAUGGGUAUCUGGGGUGGUGUUACAGGGAAGUGAACGUAUGUGGGGUUACAUCUCCAAAUACCGCCUGGCCUUUGCCCUGCACAGUGAACUGUUCACAGACUAUACUGAGGAUGGAAAACCAGGGAGUCCUGUCCAGGUACCAUGAAAAAUAUUGACUUUUCUUUUCAUCUGAUGAAGACAUUAUUCUCAUCAUGAUUAGAUGUUUUAGAGUAAAGAAAUAGACAUUUCAAAACAGUAUUUCACCAGUAAAUAUGACUGUAUAGGAAUAUUCUCUUUGUUGUGGUGUAGGUGUUUGAAGUGCGGAUGGUGGGCAGGACUCCUGUGACCCGCUGGCUUGAUCGGCUGGUCAGAGCUCGCUACCUACGCAUCAUCCCUGUGGAGUUCAGACACACGUUCUACCUGCGUGCGGAGAUCCUGGGCUGCAGAGGGGGUGAGGACUCACAGCUGAGUUAUUAUAAAAAAAUGAACAGCUGUUUAACUGAGUAAGUAACGGGCUGACCAUCUUUAUACAGCUCUUUAUGUGACACAGGCUACCCUUCCUUUUCUCGUAGAUGAGCUGGUGACACCCAGCAGUGUGACGAAGACUCCCUCUGGUGGUGGCAAAGUCACUGUACAGCGCUGUCAGCCCGGACAGUUUGCCUGUCAGCACAGUGAAGACUGCGUGUCGGUCUCUGUGCUCUGUGAUGGUCGACCGGACUGCAAGGACCACUCUGACGAGAUCAACUGUGGUGAGAGCCACAGUGUGAUAUUUUUUCAAUAGUUGUAUCUUUUCCAUUAUAUACUUGAUCUCACACUACUGGUUUUUAGUUAGUUAGUUAGUAACCUUUAUUUAACCAGGAAAUAAACCCAUGGAGAUUCAGAAUCUCUUUUACAAGGGAAUCCUGGCCAGGAUAGCAGCACAAGAAGUUCCACAUAAAGAAAAAAUGCUAAAUUAUGUGUCUCUCUUGUUUUAAAUUUUCUGAUCCAUUCCUGUCUGUGUUCAUAAAAUCCUUAUUCUGUUUCGUCAGGUACAGCUCCAACCAGAGGUCCUCCAGGACUGCACAACCAGACCAGCCCCACAGGGAGGCCAGGCUUCCAUGGCGACAGCACAACAGGCCCCCCAGGCCUUUUUACCACCAAAUCAAAUGGUGGCCGUCCUGGUGUGGCUAGCGAGGGGGUCACAGGUGACUCAAGACUCCAGAACACUUCAACCUCAGGUGAAGGUACUAAAAGCUUUAGAAUCAAUCCGCUUCUCAUUUGUUACAUAUUUUCAAGAUAUUAAUCUUUUCAUUUCUUCUUUGUCUGUUUUAAUGCCUUUUAUGUCCUACAUGGACAGGCCUGUGGACUACAAGACCACCAGUAUAUCCAGGAGUCACCACAGGUCAACCUGGACUGCAUCUCACCACCAGCCUCACUUCUGGGAGACCUGGGUUGCAACCCACAAAAGGUGAGAGACAAAGCGUGGAUUGAGACUUCAAACUGACAUCUGCUUGUCACUAAUGAACACAUUAAGACUUCUCAUUUAUUUUCAUUACCAGCACCAUGGAGUGCUACAACUCCCUAUGAUGAUGGACUACCCAGAGUGCUUUGUGUGGAGGGCCAAUAUUCAUGCCGGUCAUUUGGCUGUGUGAACUCGUCGCAGGUGUGUGAUGGCAGACGGGACUGUUUGGACGGGUCAGAUGAAGAUCGCUGUGGUACGCAUCAACAACUUUGGCAGACUGAUGAAAAAGAGAGGGAUUUCUUUGCAGUUAUUGCAAUUUAAAGUUUUUAAAUCCAUUUUGACGAAUUGUUAGAAACAAUCUCAACCUUCUUCAAACGAAUAGCACAAUAGCCACAGGAAGUCCAUUGUAGAUCAUGUAGUAACCCUAUUGCAUGUCUGCAAAAGGUAGUCAAUCUAAACAUUUCACAAAACCAAGUUUCUGUCACUUUAAUGGCCUUAAAGUUGUCUUUUUAUUGUUUGAGCCAUUUGAGUCAAAUGUAGGGACACUUUUUUACAAUUGAAGCAGACAUGCAAACUAUGAUGUGAAUCCUUUGUGGUUAGCAAUAACUGAUUUAACAGAUCUGGAAAUAUUUUACAAGAUGAAGAAAAUUUUGUUUUUUUUCUCUCAAGGCACAACAGCUAGACCAUCUACCACUCCACCAGGCCAACCGCUGCCCAGCCCCUGCUCUGCAAAGCAGUUCUCUUGUGUCAGUGGGGAGUGUGUUCACUUGGACCGCAGAUGUGACCUGCAAAAAGACUGUGUGGAUGGGUCAGAUGAAAAAGACUGUGGUAAGAUAUCUGCUCAUCUUAUAGAAUAAAAUAAAAACUGAAAAAUAAAAGUUUUCACUAAUAAUAGUUUUUUCGGUCUCUUGUUUAGUGGACUGCAUCAUGUCUCCAUGGACAGCAUGGAGUGCAUGCAGCGUGUCCUGUGGGCUGGGUUCCUUGUUCCGUCAGAGAGACAUACUGAGGGAGGCUUUACCAGGUGGAGCCUGUGGUGGAGCGCAGUUUGACAGUCGUGCCUGUUUCCCUCGAGCAUGCCCAGGUCUGUCUCCUGGACCUCCCUGCACUUUUACAAGUACCCAGGAUUAAAUCUAAUCAACCUUCAAAAUCUUGUUCUCCUCUCUUUCCUCUUUUAGUCAAUGGCCACUGGUCAGAGUGGACAGCGUGGUCAGAGUGUGAUGCACAGUGCGGAGGUGGUGUGAGGCAAAGAAACAGAACCUGCUCUGCCCCUCCGCCUAAAAAUGGAGGACAGCCCUGUGAGGGCAUGACCCUGCAGAGUCAGAGCUGCAACAGCCAGCCCUGCACCAAAGAUGUCGGGACACAGACAGGUGACCGACACAGACUGAGUGUAUUUUGGUGUUUGAAAUAUUCAGUUUGUCUCACAAAAAUUAUCUAACACUCUUGUACUGACAAGGAAUAUCACAUAAUUAAACCUGUUUUCUUAUUGACUGUUCAGGCUGUGUCAACAACAUGGUUCUUGUGACUGAAGCAGACUGCCGGGCUGGGAGGGUCGAGCCCUGCCCUCCCACCUGCUCACACCUCAGCUCGUCCAGCAACUGCUCUGAGGAAUGUAUACUAGGUAUGACACAGAGGAGUUGGUGAGGAAUCAAUUUGGAAGUUUGUGGAGUGAUUUGUUUUAUUAAAGUAAUUUGAAGGUUAAUUUAAAUUGAUUCUCUGACCAAGUGUUUUUAUGAUUGUAACAAAGCAACAAAGCAAAGUUUAAACGUACUCCCAGCAAAAUAAUUAGACCAAACUUUUAACCUAAACAUAUUCACCUUACACACCUCACCAAUGUAGAAGUGGGUUUUUCAUGCCUGGUUUUGUUACAGUAGCAUAAUUAAGCAGUUAUUCUUGACACAUAUCUCCAUCAUGUAGUAUGGUUUAUGUCACUUAGCUGCAAAGUAGCAAAUAUCAUAUUUUUAAAUGCUAGCUGUAUAUUGCUUAUAGUUGUGAAAGUAAUUGGCAAGAAAAUCAAAGUUCUGUUUUAGUUAUUACUAAAUUACAAAAAUUAACAGGUCUAUUCUUUCCCACUUACCAGCUCAGGUUAAAAGACAGGGUCUCUGGUUCAUUGUCAGUGAACUGAUUACUUUCUGUGAUUAGGUGGAUUGGUAAUUCCACACACUCUGGUAAAUUAUUAAUCACCAGUGUGACCUGAAACAGUGUUAACUUAUUAAGCUCAUUUACUGCUGGCUAGAAUAUUUUUUUUCUUCUCCUCAGGUUGUCGCUGUCCUGAUGGUCUGUACCUGCAGAGUGGUCGGUGUGUGAAUGCAAGUCAGUGUGGUUGUUUCUGGGAUGGUCAAAUACUGCAGCCAGGACAGCCAGUUAGCAAAGACCAGUGCACCACAUGGUAAGAAACAUCACUGGCUUAUAAAUGUUUUGAUUUUGAAAACAAUUCUGGUUUUCCAAACUGAGAUAUUUCAAAUGCAGAAAAUCUUUUAUUUAUUUUACUUGUGUUAGCUUCUUUACAACCUGAUUUAACUUUAUUUUGAUAGAUGAAUCCAAAACUGAGGAUUGAAGCUUUUACCACACUGUCUGAAUCAGGGCGUCAGUCCCAGAGAGUGUUUAAAUGCUGUUGUUGCCUUAUCAACAAAAAGCUAUUUGAAAUGCAUAUUUUGCAUCAACAGUGUGUGCAGAGAUGGAAAAAUAACCUGCAAUACCUCCACCUGUGUGGCCACCUGUACUUGGUCAGGCUGGUCGUCAUGGUCACCAUGUGAUGUUACUUGUGGCCUGGGGCUACAACAACGCUACAGGUGAGUUUCUGAAAUUUGAUUUUGCUGUAUAAAGACAUUCGAGGCCUCUUAUAAUGCCUGUUUGACAAAUAUAAUUACAUUGCAUUAGAUAAACAAGUGAUGCAUAAUCUGUAUAAUUUUCUUAGUUUGAUGUUUUUUGUUAAUGCCAGAAAUGCUGUUAAACACAUUUUUGUGUCUUUACAUAAACUUUAAUAUUACCUAAUAAAGCUUUUCCUUAAAUGCUUUACCAUCUGCAUGCACCUUCUACUUCUUCACCUUUAAGUUUGCAGAAUGAUAUCUAGAAGUUGUUGCAGGAACUGUUUUUGCUCAAUAUGCUGCCAAUAAAUUCUGCAUCCAGGGUGUUAAUUCCUCGACUUUGUUUCUGCAGGUCUCCAGUGAGCCCAGCAGGCGCAUCCAGAGUCCAGCCUUGUCCUGGAGACUCCUCAGAGGCCCGUCGCUGUUACAGCCCCUGCAUCCCUGGUAUACCAACCCAUAAUAAUAACUCAAGUGCUCCCAAACCGUCUGACUGUGAUUUAAUGAUUCCUAAAUGAAUGCAGCUGUGAUGAGUAAUUUCUUUUCAUCAGAAGAUGUUUUAUUACAUAAUAUUAAGUAUUUCUGUAUUGUUUUAAUAAAUAGUAGUAUUUCUUCAAAGUUUGGGUUAUGCACAGCCAGCAUUUUGAAGUAAAGCUUUAUUUAAAAGAUUAUACUUUCAGGCUCAUUGUAAAGUCAUAUUGCCAGAAAUCACUUAAAUGCUCAUGGUCAAAGGAUGAUGUGUUUGUCCUCCUGUCAUGCUCCUGAUAUUUAAGGGGUAGAAGAUGGAGUCUGGAGUAGAUGGACCAGCUGGUCAGAGUGCAGCAAGACGUGUUUCAACAGUGUCGAUGAUGUUGGGCUCAGACGACGAUUUCGCAGCUGCAACAACACAUUGACAGUCCAAAACCACACACACUUUGAUUCUGCCUGUGGUGGAGACAGCGAGGAGCAGGAGCCUUGUAACACCAUACGCUGUCCAGGUGUGAUAUGUGUAACAUCUCUACUUUACAAAUCUGAUGUAUUUAAAUGAAAAAAAAGACACUAAAGUGGGUGGGUUUUUGGUUUUUUUUUUCUCAACUAGUUAAUGGUGGCUGGUCAGACUGGUCCCCAUGGUCUCAGUGUUCAUCUGAGUGUGACUCUGGCGUCCAAACAAGAGAGAGAUUCUGCAAUUCUCCUUCACCACAGCAUGGGGGCAGCAGCUGUCCUGGGCCACACAUACAGACCAAAGACUGCAACUCUCAUCCCUGUACAGGUACUGAAUCAUGUUUUCUUCUGACCCCACUUCUCAGGUUCACAGAACAAUGAUGUAAAUAAUAUCAUAAAAGAAUUGCAUUAUGGUAUUCAUUUGUUGAUUUACCUGCCUUAUUUAAUAGAUGCCUCAAAGUUCAUGAUCUCUGCUCCCUCUGCAGGUGUGUGUCCAGAGGGCAUGGUGUACAUGACAGCAGCGGAGUGUGAUGCUCACGGCGGUGCGUGCCCACGGGUGUGUUUGGACAUGACCUCCUCAGAGGUUCAGUGUACUACAGCCUGUUACGAUGGCUGCUACUGCGCCCUCGGCUCUUACCUGCUCAACAACAGCUGUGUCCCCCGAGCUGAGUGCCCAUGCUACCACCAGGGAGAGCUGCAUCUAGCCGGCACCUCCCUGCCUGCUGACGCUUGCAAUAACUGGUACAUUCAUGUUGUUUGCAAAAUGACCUGUACUGUAAAUUGAAUUAUGAGACAAAUUGUUCACUUGUUCCUCUUGUGAUUUUCAUCAGUACCUGCAUUAACGGAGAAAUGGAGUGUGGAACAGCACCCUGCUCUGGUGAGUGGCAUUUCUAUUACUUGGGCUUGUUCAGGUUUGUGAACAUUUCUUCCCUCAUGUUUCCUGCCCUGUCUUUUUCACUCUUAUUGGUUUCAUAUUUUUGUUGUGCUUGUGUUCCUCAGUGGACUGUGGCUGGAGCAGCUGGACUCAGUGGAGUGCCUGCAGUCGAACAUGUGACGUUGGCGUGAGAAGACGAUACCGUUCAGGAACCAAUCCUCCUCCGGCUUUCGGGGGUCAGCCCUGCAAAGGAGACAGAGUUGGGAUUGAUACCUGCAGCAUUGAGCCCUGUAUUGGUGAGGAGAAAGAAUGCUGUCAGUGUAUCGAAACAUUACUCCUGCUUUUAAAAAUAUGAAAGAAACUCAAUUAAUACAUUAUGAUGUGUCUGCAGGUAUAAAGGAGCCUUGGAGUGCGUGGUCAGAGUGCUCAGUGACAUGUGGAGGAGGGUACAGGACUCGAACUCGUGGGCCCAUCAGAGUCCAUGGCACUGCUCAGCAGUUUAGUGCCUGCAACCUGCAACCCUGUGGUACAGCAAGACCCUCACUUUUAUUCAACAAUAUCGCCAUGUUUCAUGUCAUAUCAAAUGUACAUCAUAAUAUGUCAUCAGGUUCUUCUUUUUGGAGGAAAAAAAGUGGAUUUUUGCAACUUAUCUCAUAACUUUAAUGCUUACUAAAAAGUUUGUUAAAAGUACUUGAACAAAAUCACAGACCACUGUAGACAUUGGAUUUAAAUGUAUUUGUUUUCAAAUCUUAGUCUAAAACAACGUUCUGUGAAUUCAGAGAGGAAAAGAGGGCUGAAAGCUGUUGAGCAAUUAUUAUAUCAAUGUCAAUAUUCAAACACUGUUUUCAAUGUGGAUCAAUCAAGCUGUGUGAGUUAUUUUUCCUAUGUAUAUGAUGUCCAGAAUAAGUUAUUUUGGUCAAAAUAUUGGCUAAAAAAUGUCAGUAUUGCACAGAUUUGCUUGUCCAGUUUUUUCACCAACUUAGAUUUGAGUAGUUUUCAAAUUUAGUUUGUCAUAUGAGGUCCUUGAUGACACUAUUCAGGUUAACACUGAUCUCUGCUUGGAUGUAAUUGCUGUAUCAGGAGGUGACAGGGUCUGCCCCUCUGGACAACAGUGGAAGCAGUGUGUGAGGGGAGCAGUUUCCUGCACAGACCUCACAAUGGACAUCAGCAGGAACUGCACACCUGGCUGCCAGUGUCCACAUGGGACAAUUCACCAGGUUGGUAGUCUACCUAGACACAAACAUGUAUACACAUAUACAGACACAGAGAUGGCAUCCAGAUUUUUGAUGGUACUUCAUAUUUGCAGGAUGGUGUGUGUGUGCUGGAGUCUGACUGUCGCUGUGACGUUGGUGGAAAGCGGUACAAACCAGGAGACACUGUGCCCACAGAGUGCAACAACUGGUGAGUAAAACUUAAUUACUGAACAGCUACAUUAACACAAAUUAUUUUUACUCCAUUGCCGUGAAAAUUUUCCUGGUUAUGACUCGCAAAGUAGGGUUGAAUUAUCAUUUAAUUUGUGUGUUUUUUUUGUAUUUCAGUACAUGUGAAGCUGGGAGGCUGGUUAACUGCUCCCAAGUCAGCUGCAGUGGUAGGAAUUGUGUCAUUAAAUUUACCACUAAUGCUCUCAUUCAUUUUUGUUAUAUCGUUCAAAUUGUUCAUGCUGAUAAACACUGAUUUACAGGUUAAAUUAAAGCUAGGUAAAGGUUUCGACAUCAUAACAAAAUACAGAGACAGUAAAGUUACAAAAAAAUAAUAAAAAUUUCCCUCGGCAGUAAAAUUUGUUUUGCUUUAUAAUACUGAAGGCAAAUAGCCCAGGUUCAGUCCCAACCCACACCCCUAUAUCACAUGUAAUUUCCCUGUCUCCCCAGUUCAAUAUUGAACACUUCAAGCCAGGUGAACUGGAAUUGAACCCCAGUAUUUAAAGAAACAGGCUUUAAUGAUGAAAAACAACACAGAAAUAUUAUUAAAAACAUGCCAGACUGUCUCCUUUUAAUCAUCACUUCCACAUUUUCUCGUUCUGUGUCUCUACACACAAACACCGACUCCUCACAGUUGAUGGCCAUUGGUCAGCUUGGACUCCAUGGGGUCAGUGUUCAGUGUCAUGCGGAGCGGGACUUCAGUCUCGAUACCGGUUCUGCUCCAGCCCACAGCGCUCUGGCAGCGGUGUACCCUGUCUGGGCCCUCACCGAGAGGAUCAAGUCUGUAUUAACACCCCAUGUGACAGUGAGUUUUUUUCUUUCUCCCAAAAACAAAUUCAAUGACAAACACAGCCUGUAGAGGUACUGAACAGAUGAUGUUUGGAGGGAUGAGAGUUGCCACAAGUUGACAUUUCUGUGAUAUUUCAGUAAAAAAAAAUGUAAUUUUUUGAUUAAUGGAGCCAAACUGGAUCAGUUUAUCUUCAUUUCUGUCCCUAAGUCAUGUCCUGUCCUUUCUCACUUGUGUGUGUUUGAGGCUGUCUCUUGUUGUGCAACUUUACCCCAACAGAUGUCACUCUCUUUUUUAAAUCAGUGUCAAUUUCUGGCCUUUUAAAGGGGAUGGUGGUUGGGGUCAGUGGAGUGACUGGACAGACUGUACCAAGUCAUGUGGUGGGGGUGUUCGGAGCAGAAGGAGAGAGUGUGAUAGUCCCAGUCCUGAGGGGGACGGGAACUACUGUGAGGGGCUGAGAACUGAAGUCAAAGCCUGCAACACUGCCCACUGUCCAGGUACACUCACUGAGUGUGGUCAUCCUUAAUAAGGGUGUGAAUGUGUUUGUUUUUGAGUUAAUAUGUGCACAAAGAAGUAUUAAAGCAAACAUGAUUCCAUAUCAGUCUUUUUACAUUAGUCAUUUUGUGUGUGUCUGCAGUGGCCCCGUGUUUACUGGUCCCUGGCACAGUAUUCAGUAGCUGUGGUCCUUCAUGCCCUCGCUCCUGCGAAGACUUGGCUGUGCGUAUCACACCAAACUGACUUCUAUGACUCCUCUUUCCACUUAUGACCGUUACCAAAACAUUACUGUGGAGAUAACAACGAAUAACCUUUGUGAUAAUGGAGGAGUUUUCUUUGUGUUUCAGCACUGUGAGUGGCAAUGUGAGCCGGGCUGCUACUGCACAGGGGGAAAAGUCCUGUCUGCUAACGGGACUGUCUGUGUAGAGAAAGAGGACUGUCCCUGUCUGGACCUCAGCACUGGACACACACUAGAGCCAGGGGAGACCACUGAAGCUCCUGAUGGAUGUAACAACUGGUCAGAAUAAUAAAAAUACAUGGAGAACAGUCUGUACAUAAAAGGAAAGAGAAAAACAGGACAGGAAGAUGAUGAUGUUUUUGUCUCUUUUUGUCAGUACCUGUGUGGGUGGGAGGCUGAACUGUACCAGAAACACCUGUCCAGGUGAGCCAGACCCAAGGUUACAGUAGUUCAGAUCUUGUCAGCCUUAACUUGCUUCACCUUUUUAUCAAUUCCUAUUUAGUUUGAAUUGUUUUUAAAGCUGGUUUGUUAGUUUGUUAGUUUAGUUUAGUUGAGUUUAGGCUUUACAUUUUUUGUUUAACUUAGUUUCAGUUUUCAUUCAUUCAGUUAUAAACACUCAUAAAUGUUCAUAAUACUUUAUAGCAAAAAUCAAAACACAUUAUAAAGCAUUUUAUCAUGACUUACAAGGUCAGGUAUUGUAAUGUAUUAUGUUUAUUGUUAUAAAGCCUUGUGAUAAUUAAUGAGUGUUUAUAAUGAUAGUUACACAAGUUGAUAAGCAAAUUAUAACACAUCAUAAAUAUAUGUUUAAUGCAUUAUCUAUGUGGGCAUUGUCAGUGAGUUGUUUACAGUUAUCACACAUUAUAUAACCUGACCUUGUAAGUCAUGAUAAAAUGCUUUAUAAUGUGUUAUGACUAUUGCUAUAAAGCAUUAUGAACAUUUACGAGUGUUUAUAACUAUACUUAUACAGUGCUAUAACAUGAUUAGAACACAUUAUACAUAUAUUUAUAAUUUGUUAUAGAGAUAGAUGUCAAGUAAAGUGUUUCCAAGUUUUGCACAACAAAAAACUCAAAACAUCAUACUGCUUAAAAAUGUAUUCAAAUCCAAAAUUUAAACCAACAAAGCCACCUUAAAGAUAUGGCUCAGUCAUUUAAUGUAAUUUAAAUUUAAUGUCAGAAAAUGAAAAAAAUGAAAAAGGGUGAAAUAACAAAGUUUCUCCAUGGCCAUGUUUUAGCUACUUUUAAAACACACAAUACGAAUUUCAGUGAGCUUUUGAGAGAAAGGCCUCCUAUAUUUCUAUUUCAUGGUACAAUAUUGCUUCACAUCAUGAUCUAUUGUUGAACAAUGUACAACAAAAGGCUUUUUUUGCUGUAAAUCCUAGCCGCAAACUGGAAAAGUACCAUAACAACCUGACUCAAAAGUGUUUGACAAAAGAGGGAGUGCACUUAAAACCCCACCAAGAGCUGUUUGAAGAAAAUAGAGCUAGUAAAGAGGAAAAGUAAAACAGGGACAAAAGACAACCAUAGAGGACAUCAACACUAUAAAUACUUAACGUUCAUUUAUUGAUCCUCAUGUGUUUCCAGUGUCUGGUGGCUGGUGUGAAUGGUCAGAGUGGACUCCGUGCUCAAGGACGUGUGGGGCAGAGUCUGUGUCUCGUUACAGGAGCUGUGGCUGUCCGGAGCCCAAAGCCGGAGGAGCAGCCUGCUCUGGAGAACAGGAAAUACAUGACGGGGUUGGAGUUCAAAUACAGAGACAGCCAUGCCCUGUCAUCACCUUCUGUCCAGGUAAACGCCAUCACUCAUCAUCAAAACCAUUGGCCAGUGUAAAUGAGGUUAUAUCUAGGGUGAAUAUGACUCCAAUGAACAUAUACUUUACAGUACAGGUGUCUCAAACAGGCACAACGUUUUGGUAUAAAGUCUUCACAUGAUGGCUCAAUAAAGUGGCAUUCUCAAAAAAUUUUUGAUAUGUACUUAUUGUCAUCGUCGUUUUAGAAGUCUUAUUUUCUUAUUAUUGAAAAGAGAAAAAUCUGUUCCUAUUAUCCCCCUUGAUUCAUGCUCCUUUUCAACUCCUACUUCCCACACUAUUACAUUAAAGCUCUUUAUAGCUCUUUGUUAAUUCACACUAAUUUUCUCUGUAGUCCAUGGUUCUUGGAGUCCCUGGUCAGCUUGGUCUGACUGUGAUGGGUGUGCAGGGUCAACUUCCCGCACCAGGCAGUGUAACAGUCCUCCUGCCAGAUUUGGCGGCCUGCCCUGUCUUGGUGAGAGCAGGCAGAGACGUGGUUGCCAUGACAACAUGACUGUUUGUACAGGUCAGUAUGAUAAAGUAUGUUAUAUCAGCUGUUGAUUUAUGUUAAGGCAGUCAUGUCUACCAAAGAGGAUUAGGGCCACAAGAAGAGAAAAAACUUACAAGAGGGAGAUUUUUUUCAUUUCCAUUUCAAGAUUGAAGUUGAAAUGAAAAAAAAUGAAAUUUUGACAUUAAAAUCAAAAUUUUGAUAUUAAAAAACCUGAAGUUACAUGAAAAAAGUCAAAAUUUUGACUUUAAUCCCAAAAUUUAAACUUUUUUAUCUUAAAAUUUCGACAUCAAUCACAACAUUUUGACAUUUUGUUAUCACAAAAUUUUGCCCUUUAUCUCGAAACUUCAAUUUUUUGUCUCGAGAUUUCUACUUUAUUGACAUUGUUUCAUUUUUCUAAUCUUAUUUUUUAACUUAAGUCUCCUUACUGUAAUUAUUUUUUUUCUCUCCAUGUGGCCCUAAACGUCUUUCGUACAUAUCUGACUUCAUGACUGUAGAAAAAGGAUGAAAUUUGACUUUUUGUCUAAAUGUGUCAACAAAUGAAGAAAAUUCAUAGAAUUGAGAAAAUAGCUGAACUGAUCAAACUAAACAGACGGUGACAUCUAUUGAGAUUUUUUUUUUAUCUGCAACCGGAGGUAAAGCAUGGUAGAUAGAAAACCCUCUACUUGACUGCAGAAAGGCAUGACUCAGCUGCCUGUUAGGGAAUGAUUAAUGAACUGUGGUUGACCUAUUUCCACCUUCUCAUGUUCCUGUACAUGCCCAACUCCCACAGGAUGACCACAGGGAUUACUGACAAAUUAGAAGGUGACAACUGUCAACACAGCUGGGAUGCACUGUCAGGGUUACACACACUUAAGACAAAAAUGUUCAGCAGAAUCAAUCAAGCGCUUAUCAUCAAUCAUCCAUCUCAGGGAUCCAAUUUGGUCAUUUGCACAUGGCCAUGAAGCUCUUUCUUCACAACCUUGAUACAGUAGUACCUCUAAUUUGUUCACUAGAGGUCACCCCCAGUUCAGGGACUAUUCUUUUGUGUCGCUGUGUAGUCUGUCUACAUCAAAAUGUGCUCUCACAUUUCUUACAAGUACUCUCUAAUAUAACACCAGACCAUCAGCCUUAGGUCUUAGCUUUAUACUUUAUUCUCUCUAAAAUGUACAUCCUGCUGCGUUCUGCAGACUGCGGCGGGGGCCAAGAAGAAUGGCCUUGUGGGAAGAUCUGUCCUCGUUCCUGUUCGGAUCUCCAUGGUGACACAGAGUGCUUGGACUCCCCUGGGUGUCAGCAGACCUGCGGUUGUCCGGGUGAUAUGGUUCUGCAGGAUGGAGUGUGUGUGACCAGGGAGGAGUGCCGCUGCAAAUACCACAAUACCUCUGCUACUGGUCAGACCUGUGUUGGUUUAUGAGAAAACUGCUUAUAGAAGAGUGGAGUGAGAAGAGUUUGGUCUAAUCAGUAGAUGUCUGCUCUCAUACAGAUAUGACAUUCGGUGGACUGGACUCCACAAAUGCAUCAUGGGUGUGGCCUGGUGAAUCUGACUGGCAGUUUGCAAAUCCAGGGGACAGCAUCAUCAGUGACUGCAAAAACUGGUACAGCACUGAAGAGCUCCAGAAGAAUUCUAUGAUUGCAAUAGUUAAAAUGUGUAAUGUAUUCACUGGCCUUCUCACUUUUCUCCAGUUCAUGCGAUGCUGGGGUACUGCAGUGUCAGUCUGUCCCCGGUUGUCAUGUUGACGGUGGCUGGAGCCAAUGGGGGCCCUGGACUGUAUGCUCACUUCCUUGUGGAGGAGGAGUCAAGUUCAGGAGGCGCCACUGUAACAACCCAUCGCCUCAGAGUGGUGGGAGGGGCUGCCUCGGGGUUGCUGAACAGCAGAAAGACUGCAACAUACACCUGUGCACAGGUAGUGUCUGAGUCACCCUACCUAAGCAAACUAAUACCAGAAAAACAGCCUUUCUUUCUGUUUUCCUAGAAUCCAAAAAAGAUUCCCAAGUGGUUCUUGUAAAAACAUGAAGCCUGUCUGCCUUUUAGUAAAUUCAGUUCGUUAUUCCCUUCAUGAAUCUUUGUCUCACGUCUCAUUAAUAUUUCUGGCGCAGACUCUGUGGGUCCAUGGCUCCCCUGGUCUCAGUGGUCUGUGUGUUCUGUCAGCUGUGGAGGAGGACAACAGUCCCGCUCUCGUCUUUGCAGCUCUCAACCCUGCAGUGGCCUGAGCCGCCAGAGCAAGACCUGCAACACCCAGGUCUGCCUUGGUAAGUUCCUUUUUUUCCCCCUUCAGACUGUUUUUGAGUAUUUUGAAUUUGUGUCUUUUUACUGACAUCAUGUUUUCUAUCACACAGAGGUGGGUUGCCCUCCUGGCAGGCUGUACAGGGAGUGUGAACGAGGUGAAGGCUGCCCGUUCAGCUGUGCUCAGGUCAGCGGCAGGGAAGGGUGUUACUCAGAUGGCUGUGAGGAAGGGUGCCACUGUCCUCCGAACACUUACCAACACCAAGGAGCGUGCCUUCAGGUGAGUUUUCAACCGCUUCAGCAACAGAAGCAUCCUGGUCAAUAGAUGGGAAUUAUGCCUACAUUAAUGCUUGCAAUUCUAAAGAAGGAUUGUUUUUAUUCAGGUUAAUACUUUUUAAAAUAAUGUCAAAAAAGCAGAGGUGAUCAAUUCAUUUCAAAGUUUCUCAUUCUAAGUUGAAGUGAUGGAUCUGAUGUUAUUCUAAUGUCCUUUUUCAGGAGUGCCCGUGUCUGGUGGACAAAGAGUUUCUCGCCUCUCUGCGGAGUGUUUCCAUAACACCGAUCUCAUCUCUGCUCCUCUAUAACAUCUCUGAGGGAGUGGAACUUCAACCUGGAGACACUGUGGUCCAUGACUGCAGCACUUGGUGAGAAACAUAUCAACAGGAAUCUUUUGAGUUCAGAUAUCAUUAAUGCAUUUUAAAAAAGGAAUUGAAUGAUUUGAUAGUGAUGUAUAACUUAACUAUUUUAUCCAUUCAUAAUCCUUGCUUUCUCGGCCAGACUUUUCACUCUUCCUCCUCUUUGUUCCCUUCAGUGGCUGUGAACAUGGCAGGUGGAACUGUUCCUUGGUGCAUUGCCCAGUUGAUGGGGGUCUCUCACCCUGGGGCCCCUGGAGCUCCUGCUCUCUGUCCUGUGGAGGUCUGGGACUGAAAACUCGCUCCAGGGGCUGCACACAGCCUGCACCAGCUCAUGGAGGGAGAGACUGCAAGGGGCCACGCCAGGAAACCACCUACUGCCAGGCCCCAGACUGCCCAGGUAAAGGAACUAGUUUAGUUCCUAUUGUAUUUGAUGGAGGCAUUAAAGAGAAAUGGUUUGAUGAAGCAAAACUAUAUGUAAUAAUCAAGUCAUAUCAUGUACAUUUUAUACUUAUUUAUUGAGGUUUUGCUGAUUUUAGUUUUUGUUUUUGUCGACAGUCAUUGUUGGUCCUACAGAUGAACCACUUGUACCAGGUAAACUAUACCUUCUUACAAAUUUUCAGCUAUACUCUUCCUAACUGCUAACCCUUUGAUAGCAGUCGCUUCAUUCUCCUGUAAAGUUAUUUCUAAAUGAGUAAGAGGUGCAUAACAUAGAAUUAUGGAAGCUAAAAAGAGCAAGAUAGAAAAGAUUCUCUGAAGUGCCCCUAAAAUUGUUUUAUCUCCAGACUUAGAAGUAAAAGACAGAAAAGUUUUUUGCAGGAUCAAGUAUUAAGUUCAUUUUUCUUUCUUUGUCAGCAUAAAUGAAACAAAAAAAGAGUCAAGUAAUAUCAGACAUUCAAUUAAUUUACAGAAACAGCUGAUCAAGGUUUUAUCCGUCUGUGCGAGUAGGAGGAAAAACUAAUCAUAAUGGUUCAAAAAAAAAAAUCACUAUCAUUUGUUGAUAAAAUCUAUUUUCCACACUUCUCAGAGCUCUCAGGAUUUUGUGAUUUAAAUUUCUUAAUUAAAAAGAAAACUGUGUUAUUCCCUGUACGCUGAAGAAUUUCGAUCAUUCUUGCCUGUCUCUCCUGCUAUCAUCAUUAGAUGAAGACGCCGGCUUCUCUCCCUGGUCAUUAUGGAGUCCCUGCACUAAGACAUGCACCGACGCUCUCAGCCCAGCCAUGAAAUCCCGACACAGACAGUGUAUCAAACCUCCCUGCUCUGGAAGCUCCCACCAAGAGAAGGCCUGUAAUCUGCCACAGUGCUCAGGUACCACCUCUCACACUCUUCUUCUUUACUGCUUUCAGAGUUGGUCAGAGAAAGUCGAUCCUCCUUGUUCUUGGAGAGCAUUUUCAGUGAGUGGUUUUGAGAUUUUAGAAAAAAACAAACUAUCAGUACUUGAGUUAUCUGUCAUUGAUUAUUUUAGUUUUGCAGUUUUGAAUGAAAUGGCCGUGUGAGCGUAGAGUAAGGCACCAUUCAAACACUGAGACAGAAAGACCACAAAAUAUGUUUUUCUGACUGCUUAUGUUAGAAAUCAGAGGAAGCUUCCGGCAGCUUUUCAGAGCCUGUGUGUCUGAGUACAAUAAUUAUCAGUCCAUUCAAAAAUCUCAUCAAAAACUGAGUUUCAAUCAAACAUCUUUGCUUUGGUGUUCAGGAUUAUUUGUAUUCAGACUAAGUUUGUUAUUUUCCUUUGUGCUUAUCUCAGAGACGACAGAACAAAUGUUGAAGUGGGAUUGUUUUUUUUAUUUGGAAAUGAAAAAGAUCAGUAUGAGCGAGCAUGCAUUGUUGAGAAUACAGUGAGGUUUGCUUUGCAGGAUUUCAUUCAUUAAUUUAAACGAGACACAGCUGCCUGCCUUCAUCACGAGUUCUUAAUUCCAUCAAAAGGUGUUAUCACAUUGCACAGACAGGAAUACGAUUAUUGCAAAACAAUAAUCUACCAGGUUUGUGUGAGUGUUUGUUUAAGCUGUGUGUUUCUGUUUGUACAUGCAUCAAAAUAGCACAGCAGAGAGACAAUAGAAGUACUGAAUAAUAUCCUCACUUUAACAUCUAGGCCCUUAUUCUGCCUUCAGCGAGCCUGAAUAAACUGUUGAUCUAAUGUAGCUGUGUUGUAAGGGGCUCUGUGUACAGCAGAUGCUUAAAUGAAUGAAAACUUCAGCAAUACUCCGAUUGUAAACAAAUUAUUUUUCAGUAAUUGUGAACUCAAGAUUUAGUUUUAAGGAGCAUAGGGGGAUACCUGCAAAAAUGACUACAAACAGCUGUUUGAUGUCUUUCGUUACCAGAUGGAGGUGAGGGGUGUACAGGAGCUGACUGUGCAAAGAGAAACUGUUCCUGGACAGACUGGGGGGAGUGGAGCACUUGUUCAAGAUCCUGUGGCGUGGGCCAACAGCAAAGGAUCCGAACGUUUCUCAGCCCGGGAACCAAAGGCUCCUGGUGUGCAGACAUCCUGGGUGGGAACCUGGAGCAUCGCUUCUGUAACAUCAAGCCCUGCAGAGGUCAGCUGAUGGAUGGAAUGUUUCUGGAUCUCCAGUUUUCAAGUGAACAUCUGUAAAAAUGUCAUGUGUGUUACUGGACAUCUUAUCAGUUCCUGCCUGCAGGGAUUUUCAGGCUUGAAGGUCUAAGUUUUCAAGGUGUUUCACUUGCCUCCUAGGACUUAUGGCUGUGUAGUAAUGUUGCAAAAGCCAUAAAAAUCCUCCUGCACCAGAAGCCACAAAGUUACAGAACUUUUUUGGCCUCAAACCUGUUUAUCUCCCACAUUAUUUCCACAUAAUUGUAUUUACUGAUAGGCCACAUAAUUUUAUGAAGCUCUAACUUACAGAGUAAAAUGCUCCAUGAGGUAGGACAGAUUUAUCCAUAAAGCACAUUUUCAGACAUAAAGGCAACUCAGUUUUCUUCACAGCAGUGAAAGAGACUUCCAAGGGUAAAAAAAAUAGAUGCCCAAAUAAACAGAGAAUGGAAACAUUUAAAGGCAGAGCACAAAAGUUCAUACAAAAGGAGAAUAAAGUAAUUUUCAAGCAAUAUUAAAGAAAUAAAGAAAGUUGAGACACAUAAAUACCAGUGCUGAGCAGCAGGAGCAACUUCAACUACAGUAAAGUAAAACUAAAGUGCUGUCUGUGGAGAACAUUCAAAGACAGAUGCAGGCUGAAAUGCCUUUACCUGGAUUUUAAAUGUUUUCAUUAUAAUCUAACAGUUUACAGGCACAUUCAGUGCUUUAAAAAACCCCACAAAUGAUUUUAACUCAGAGCUCCUCUCUCGAGGGUUCAGGUAAGGAUACUCCUGGUGGUUUUCCCUUGGUAUUAUGAUUACAGUGGAAGAAGUAGGCUGAGUAGACAUUGAAAACAAGGUCAGGUCUUUACUGCAAAAUAAAGGCUCUGAUACAAAAUGUCUCGCUGUACCAGUCUAUGAACCCCAAGCAGAUUAUAGGCUCAAACCAGAUUCCAGUGAACCAGAGUAAUUAAAAAAAACAGGAAUGAAAAAUGUUAAAACACAAAGACAAUCUGGCAGACAAGCAGAGAACACAUGGGAGUGGAAUAUAGGAUUUAGGGUUGGCAAAAACAGCAGCAGGUAAGUAUUUAGGGGCUGAUGUGGAUAAGGAAGAGGUGGAGGAGACACAGAGCAAAGACUGAGAGAAGAAGUAAAAAAGUUAAUACUGAACUUAAUACCCUGUUAACUUCAAUUAUAUUAUGCUUUUAUAUGAAUGCAACAACCACAAAGAAGCAGUGACAUGGAAAUCCGGUGGGCCUGAAGCCCAACUCAAACAGUUGUGUCUAUUGAGUCGAUUACCAUCAAUUAUUCAAAUGCAUUACAAAACCAUGAGUUACAUGAUGGAAGAUACUGGCUUAGAGUUAGGACAUUAAACUAGAAUAAUAUGCAUAGUUAAAGUGUAUGUUUUAGCGUGGUAAAAACAUGUUUGUUUGUGUCUUAAUGCCCAAGUGGACGGAGGCUGGUCUCGCUGGAGUCCCUGGUCCCGCUGUGAUAAACGCUGUGGUGGGGGGCGCUCCAUACGCACCCGGUCCUGUUCUAGCCCCCCACCUAAAAAUGGUGGAAAGAAGUGCGAAGGAGAGAAGAACCAGGUCAAACCGUGCAACACCAAACCCUGUGGUGAGACACAAGCAUGGUUAAAAACACAGCUGUGUUGUUGUGCAUUUGUAAGAAAGGCCAAGAGAUCAGCAAAAUCUAGUUUUACUAGAAAAAGGCUUUGUGUCUGAAAAUUCAGCCCAGCCUGCGCCCAGCACUCAUGGUGAGGCGCCUUGUGCCUGCAGCAUUAUUGAAAAAUUCCUGACCUUCUCUUUGUGUUUUGUCAGAUGAAAAAGGGUGCCCACCGGGCCAGGAGUUCGUCUUGUGUGCCAACCAGUGUCCACAGCGCUGCGCAGACCUCCAGCAGGGCAUUGAGUGCCAGGGCAACACAGAAUGUCAGCCCGGCUGUCGCUGCCCUAAAGGCACUGAUGCUUCUAUCAUUUUAUUAACAGAUAAGCCUGUGUGUGUGUGUGUGCGUGCGCGUGCGUGUGUGUGUUUGUCUGCUUAUCUCAGUGAUUCUUCCCUCAAGGUUCCUUUCCUCAUGGUAUUCACAAGAUAAGCACAACAUAGAAGUUUGUGUACCAGCCUGUUUGCACCAGCUGUAUCUGAAGGCCAUGGAAAGCCUUGGUGCUGUGAAGCCUCAAUCUUCAGUAGAAAGUUUUGAUCACUAAUACCACUAAAAUAACCUUUUAACUAUCCUAGUUACCUAUAGGACUGAUUCACUGAAACUCUUUUCUAUAAAGAUAAAUCUCAAAUGAUUCUCAGGUUUUGUUAUUGUAAUAUCCGGACUAACUUUGGACCAGCAGCAGCAGCAGCAGCAGUGUGACAGCAGCCAUGUAGAAAGCCUGUGUCUGUUUAUUGAAGUUUCACAUUGUUUAAAUAACUCUCAUGUGUGUCCAGGCCAGUUGCAGCAGGAUGGAGUAUGUGUGCAGCUGUGGCAGUGUGACUGUGUGGACUCACUCGGACAGAUUUGGGCUGCAGGCAGCUGGCACCAGGUGGACUGCAACAACUGCAGCUGCUCUGACGGGCGGCUCUCCUGCACCAAUCACACCUGCCAGCCCACCUGUGUUUGGAGUUCCUGGUCCAGUUGGGCAUCAUGCAGCGUUUCCUGUGGGCGGGGCCAAAGAACCAGAUACAGGUGAGCAGAGAUGAAACUCACAGAAAGUUAUCAUGAUGCAUUCCUGCUAUUUAUUCAGUCUGUAAACUGGUGUUGAUUUCUGCGGAUUGAGAGACAUUUGUUUUAGGAAUCAAUAAAAUGCAUGUAUUUUAUAGGUCCCUAAUCCCAGAGAGUGAAGGAACAGAGUGCCAGUUUGAGGAAGUUCAGCAUAAAUCUUGUGACCCAGGACCUUGCCCACCUCUCUGUCUCCAUGACAACCGGGAGCUCAACGUUGGAGACACUUGGCUGCAGGGCGAGUGUAAACAAUGGUGAGAUGCAUGCACACAAUCACAGGGGAAAAUACCACUUUGAUGUCCAAGGUGAGUAUUUAGCUUUUCGGCACUUUCUGAAUUUGUUCAUUCAUCCUAGCACCUGCACACCAGAGGGACAUUACUGCCAAGACAUUGACUGCAGAGGUGAGUCAAUGCAUUUAUAUUAGAAGGUAAAUUUGCAGCUUUUUUCGUAUGUAAUUUUGUUUCUUUUUUGUUGUUGUUGUUAAAAACUUGACUUGCAUGCAUUCAAGUUGCCCUGAAAGAUAACUGUCUUUUUAUGUGUGUUGUAUUCAGUGGAUGGUGGUUGGACUCCAUGGUCAGUGUGGUCUGACUGCUCAGUUACAUGUGGCCGGGGGACACAGGUUCGAACUCACGCCUGCAUUAAUCCUCCUCCAAGAAACAACGGGUCACAGUGCAGUGGCCCAGAGAGAGAAACGCAGGACUGUCACACUCCACCCUGUCUAGGUUUGUGUAGUCGUGUCACACCAUAUUCAUGUUUACGUCAAAGUUAGGCGUAAAACAGCAAAUCAUUUCCACUUAUGUGUGUGUGAUCUUGAAAGAACAUCAGCACAUCAGGACCAUUAAGUGGCCUGCUCAGAUCAUAGUGGCUCUCUUGUCUACAGAUGACCUAUGCCCCUGGUCUCCAUGGUCACCCUGUUCACAGAGCUGCGGUGCAGGUUCUGUGUCAAGGAGGAGAGUGUGUGUGUGUGAGGAAGGAGGAGAUGCGGCGUGUCCAGCUGAGAUUGAAGCAGAGAGGAACAAAGAGGAGACUCAGCUGUGUUACGAGCGGCCCUGCUCAGGUAAAAAAAAACAACAAAAUUAAGAAUCAUGUGCAGCACAUUUUACAAAAAAAUAAACAAAUUGAAUUUAUGUGAGUUUUUUUGUUGGCUUUACUUUUUCAAGGCAGUUUGAGUUAUCUUCAUGCAACUACUCUGAAAUCUUCCCCAGAGGAGUUGGCUUGAGUUCAGCUCUGCCCAGCAUGAUAUAAUCUACAGUUAGAAUAAGAUUGUUUUCUGAGUAGAUUCUCCCCCACAACGUUAACACAGGUGCUAAACUGAGCCCACUGUGUAUAUCAACACGCAUUCCUUGAAUUAUUUAUCUUUUUUCUUACUGCAGAAAUCCAUGGAAGUAUUUUUGCAUUCUUCACUGGGGUUUUAAUGAAUGCUUGGUUUUAACUGUGGGUAGGAUUUACUGUUCUCAGUUUAUAGAGUUAUUGAAGAUCGUGAUGAAAAACCUGAGUCCCUGAGGUUGGAUUGGUAGUAAAUGUAAAACAGGAUUAUGAAUUUUUGAUGCACUACUAGACCCUUUUAAAGCAGAUAAACUAAACAAUAGACUCGCAAGGGAAAGCUCAGGGUCUUACGAGUUUAACUAAAGCUUCAAAAUUUCUACUAAGUGAAUGACAAAUGACAUUUUGUGGUUGUGUAAAUCUGCCUCCAGCACUGAAUGGUUGAUUUGUUUUCUCUGGCAGGCUGUCCCAUGUCACAGUGGAGUGUUUGGUCUCGGUGUUCCUGUGAGUCUCAGAAGCAGCAGCGCUACCGUGUAGCUCUCUCACCGGCCACUAGGGGGCAACAGUGCACUCCUGUUGAAACACAGAGCAGACCAUGCAGUCUGAGUCAAUGUGAUAGUAAGUUGAAAACAUGCAAAAUACUGACAUAAAGUUGUAAUUUAUCAAAUUUAUUACAUAUUUUACACACUUCGUGUCUGGCCUGUUUCUCCUGUGCUUGUAGAUUGUGAAGCCCCAUUCGUCUACUCAGCAUGUGGCGCUCCCUGUGAGAAGCAGUGUGCGCUGCAAGGCCACCAGGAUCAGUGUUUAGGUGUCAGGGAGUGUACACCUGGCUGCUACUGCCCAGAGGUAAACAAGAUUAUGAGGCCUUGUUCUUUGUGUAAAGCAUAAAUUCUAUUCAGAUAAACACACACAGUCCCUUGUUUACUAUCGGAAAUAAUAACCCAUAACCAUGAUGCAAUGCUGUCAAAACCUGAAGUCAUGUUUUCACUUGUCAUGAUGGUGGAAACCAAAAAUGAAUGUGACUGUUGCUGAAAUCCUGACAGCUUGAGAAAUGAUAAAUUCUGGUUUAUUUUACGAAACAAAUGAAAAUUUAUGUAUGAUCUGUAUCAUUUUUCACACAAAAAUAGUUACAAAUAUCACUUGUUUAAUAUGAAAUCUUAACUCUCAACCUGAAAACAAAUCAACGAUAUCAGAGACUCUCAAGUAGAAAGCUGGGAAAUCAAAGUGUUUUGUGUUUAAAACCCUUAUCUAGAUCAGAUCCAACCAAUUUUCUUCAGGUUAAUUGGAGUGUCCGACAGACUUCGGAUAAUCAAAUUGAUCUUGCUUUUUAAGGAACCAUUAAAAAGUCAAAAUAAGUCCAUUUGAAUUCCAAAUUGAAGUCAUCUAAUGGGGAAAAUAUCUAGAGAAAUGACUGCAUGCAUCCUGGAGACACAGUACAUUUGCUUCAAUUAUACAGAUUUACAACAAGCAGCUGACAUUUUAACUGUGUAAUCUGCAUACUGCUAGACUUGUGUUUUUGCAUGAGACCAGAGUAAAUAUUCCCUGGUAUGAAUCUCAAGAGUGGAAUAAGCGAUAUAACACUGUUGUUAAUACAUCACUAUGACAUGAGUAGCAAUGACAUUUUUAUAAUGUUGUUUGGCCCCGUUUGGAAGUUUUAAGCUUUGAGUUAUUGCAAAAAAACUGAAAAACUCUUUCUGAUAGAUAGAUGAUACGCCUACACAGCAGCAGAGAGGGUAAAUCAAAUGAAAUAUGGAGCACAAAGCACUACACCAGAGGUGCAGAGCACAAGGGUUACAAGGAAAAUUUCAUCAAAACACCUAAAAUUACUUUUUUCUGUUCCAUUGCACACUUAAACCUCCGAAGUCUGUUUUCUUUUGGGUCACUAUGGGAAAGUAAAAGCAAAGUUAGAAUUUGUAACAUUGACAUUUCAUCACUUUUAGGUUAGCUUGGAGAACUUAUUACCAAAUAUUUGCUUAUUUUCACUGAUAAAACCAUGAAAAUAAACCAUGGAUAGAAAAUGUUAUCAAUCAUUUCAAAAUACACCCCCAGGCAACUUCAAGAGACAAACUUAUUCAUGUAUUUUUUUUUACCUCCCGUAGUAAAAGUAAGUUGAACUAAAUCAAAAACUUCAACACCAGUUCUUGAUUUUUUAUGAUCUAUUCUUUACCCCUCCAGGGUCUGCUGCAGCAGAACGGCACCUGUGUUCCUCAAGAGCAGUGUGGCUGUGUCCACCUGCAGCACCAAGCUUCAGGACAACCACCCACACCUGUCAUCAUCCCACAGGGAGGCACAGUUACUAUAGGCUGCAGUACUUGGUAUGAAAAAAUAUGAACUGUUAGGUUAACGCUUUUAGAGCCCGAGUACGUAGCGGCGAUGAGGCCACAACAUGUCAAAAACUCUAUACGUUUUGAUAUUUUGUCUGUAUGGUGCAUGUGUUUGCUAAAAAUGACUUCAUUGUGCACCCUAGAAUCUUUCAAAAAGAGGGUCUCACACACAGGGGUGUCUUGAUAUCGACUGCAUGAAUAUAUCAUACCAAGACCUGCAAAAAAACUUAUAGUGUUGUACCCUAAACCCAAAAAGAAGUGCACUAUCUUGAUUUGAAUGUCCUUUUGGGGUGAUUUUCAGAUGUCAUAUUUAAGUUAACUUGUCCAAAGAGUUUCCAAUCAGCUCUGUGCAUUUAAGACACUUAAAUGAUGAUGAAAUAUGAAAGCCACAAGGCAAAACUUUGAUACUUCGCCAUCAAACAGGGCAUUGUUUUAAGUCCUUCGUAAAGUCGGCUCCAAAUUUCAAAUAUAUGACAAGGGUCUUCUUCUGAAAUCAUCUAUAUAUCUAUAUGCUGAUUUUUCAACUAUAGGGAUCCCACCCCACCCCCACCCCCAUUGGAAAUACAUGAUUGUCACAUUUGUUAACAGUCCUAGCCUUAAUGUAUCUCCAUCUACAAUUCAGCCAGUAAUCGCACCACCACACUUUGAAUUGGCUUUAAUUGUAACUGUUUAAUCAAUGUACAGACAUGGACACACAUCAACAUGUUCAAGGGUCCUGUCUUUGCCUCUUUCAGCUUUGCUUUGAAUACAAGUCCAACCCACACAACAGAACAAUCAACAAUUUCAUCAGAAAUAUAAAAUUCUUCAGAAAAAAAAAAUGAGUCAUCAUAAAUCUCAGAGCACAACUAUUUGAUUGCUUUCAAGACUCACUUGUAUACUGAAUCACUUUGACAGUAACUACAUGCACUAUUGGACUUUUUGCACGGUCACUGCUGUAAGUUUAGCCUCUGUGCUUCAUCUUCACCAUUCUCCUCUAUAUUUCCUUGUAUCGGCUUAUUUUCCUCCUGCUUAUUUGGGAUUUGUCACUCAGUUUUAUGAGUUGUAAUUCUUUUGUUUGGCUGUUUUAUCUUCCAGCCUUUGCCACGAUGGGAUUUUGCAGUGUGACACGAGAGAGUGUGAAGGUACAAUAAUGUGGAGAAGAGAUUAAUCUAAAAUGCUCCAGCUAGAAAACACGGCACAUCAUCCUGUUCUUCUGCUCACUCUUUACCUUCUUUUCCCCCAGUCAUCCUCAGCGAGUGGUCACAGUGGACUCCAUGUUCCCCCUGUGUGCCCUCUUCUUCCCUGCAAAUCGACUCCCAAUCAGGACUCAUGAGCGGCAGUGAGAUGGUGUCAAUUCAGAGGCGUUUCCGGGCUUGCUUGGACCUUGACUCAGGUUAUCCAGUCUCCAAAGAAGAGGAAGAGAACCAAUGUCCUGGACCACUGAUGGAGGAGAGGCCUUGUCCGGAUGUUAACAUCUGCAGAGGUGAUAGUUUUUAUCCAACCUGACAAAAAGAGAUUUACUCUGAACCAAGACAGCCCUUUAUUUUGGUCCAGAAAUGAAGUCUCCUCCUUUGUCGGCUCUUGUUAAGCUUCAGUUGUUCCUUUCACUUGAGAGUGAAGGAAAGUAAUGAACGAGUCAGUUUCGAUUCACCCAAGUUUCACUCGACAUGUUGCGACCGUUUGACACUUUGCUCCUAUCAUCAGAGUGUAAACCGACAAUGCCAUGACCUAUUCAGAGCUGGACAAGCAUGGCAGCUUUGAAAAAUAAAUAACAGACUGGGUCAGACAGAGUCUGUGGUGCCAAAGUGGUUCCCGAAUGUCUCUCUCUCUCUGCACAGGAGGGAAAUACUCUGUGCCAAAAUUCAAGUGGAAAACAAUGCUAGGCACAUUUGUUUGGGUUGUAAUUCUUGUAAUUCACUCUAUCAAUGCAAAUGAUUGAUAUAAGACAAAAGACAUGAAUACAAUUAGUACAAAACACAAGCUGGUACGACUAAAAAAAUAGUUUUAAUGAAAUGCAAUCACAGUACAAACUACAGGCAGUUACAGCACAGUGAGAGGUGUUCUCAAUUACAUUUCAGAGUGUCAGCCGUAGAUUGAAGCUGAAUGCCGCCUGGAUUUAAUCUUGUAAUUGAUAAACAGACAUGUUUCAAAAGAACCACAUGCUGUACAACACAGCAACAAAUUAGUCCAAAACCAUCCAGUGAAAAAAGUCGUCUUUUUCUUGCACAGCCACAAUUUGAGCCUGAGAUUGGGACUUAAAUGGGGCUUUUUCAGCUAAGCUCUAAAAUAGUUGGAGCUUUCUGAGUGACUUUAAAGAGAGACUUGUUAAGGAACAUCUCCAGUUGCUGUGCCUUUUAAUGAGACGGAUAUUAAACUCAUCCUGAACAGUCUCGACAUUUGAAGAUUGUAUUGUUCCAUUAAAGUGGGUUUCAAACUUGAGCAUGAGUGCUACACCGUAGUGCAAAGUUAUUUAGUGCCUCUAGUUUCUGGAGGAAUUUAAAGUAACGUAAUUAUUGAUUUUUAGAGCAGGUGCUCAUUACUUUGAUCAGGCUGGAGUAAAUCUGGCAAUCAGCAGUACAUCCCUAUAAUUGGAUUGAAAAGUUUGUUGAUGUUAAAUCUGAAAAAGUUGUUUCAAGUUAAAUAGCAGUGUUUGGAAAACAGCAGGUAGGAGGGGAAUUCAUAAGUAUGUUUAAAUGAGUGUAUAAUCACUUGAAUAUAAACUACAUUUUAUUAUUGUUCAAUCAGAAUAAGUUUUUAUAUCUGCUCAGGAGCAGGUCCUUUUCUGCGGAGGCUGCCGCUUUACACUGUGGGUUUUCUUUAGGAGCACAGAACAGACCCACUAGUUGUGUUUGUAUUGAAUCAGUAGCUGUGGGAUAUGCACAGAAAAUCAAAAAGAAGAUAGUGGUUGUUGUUUGCAAAAGAAUUCUUAUCGAGAGACGUUUUUUUUGCAGUGUAUCACUGGAGCUUCUUGUCCACAAAAGCCAGAGAGUGAAAAGGGUGAGCUAGGGGUCAGUUCAAUCUAGAAACUGACUGCUAGAUGUGGCUUCAUAAACACUGUACCCUAAAAACCAUUUAUAUCAGGAGAGAACCAAGGCUUCACAUCCAGUUUAUUGGCAUAAUAAUUAUGUGGACAUAGCCAUAAAGGUGGGUUCUAGAUCUGUAUCUGUAUUUAUCUGAUCAUGUGUCAGAGCUGACAACCUUCACUUUUCUAAGAAAAAUGCUAUUAGACAUUGGUGCUGCCACCCUAUUCCUCUUUAUCCUCGAAAAUGGAAAAGUGCCUGAUUAAAAUGGGAAUUUGAUGUCUUUAGGGAUACAUAAAGCUGGUUAGAUUUGGUAUUCUGUGCCAACAGUAAAUGUUACUGAUCGUAUAUAUCUGUCAUCCCUUUAGUCCAUCUGUCCUUGUCAGAUAUGAGCUGGAUUGAAUGUCAAAUUAGUGAUGUCAUUAUUGUUUUUGUUGCAGAUUUCAAUUCAGUGACACUUAACAAAAGUUUUAUUAUCCCAAAUGAAUAAGAAGAACAAACUUUAACAUAGGAAUCACACAACUAGCUCGCUCAACUAGGCAUUUAAAGUCCAAAACCCAUAAAUGUUCUGUUGUUUUCAUUAACGAUGAUGAGCAGUAAAACCAUUACAGCCAUUAAAGCAGUCAUCAUCAUCAUAAUUACUGCUGUUAUAAUUAGGACAAGAAUAGAAUUGAUAGUGGUUAGAGUUAUUAUUUUACCUCUCCAGAUCUGUGUCAGUGGAGUGGAUGGAGUGCCUGGACAGCUUGUGCGGAGCCAUGCAGCGGUGGUGUCAGGCAGCGCUACAGAUGGCCCCUAGCCAUCCCUCCAGGACCAAAGUGUAGGAGCCAACAGACACAGAGCCAGAGCUGCAACACAGGACUCUGUCCAGGUAAGAUCCUUUGAAAACUCAAUUAACAUCACAUACUGUUAUGGACAAAGCAGUUGUUUCUGAAAGAUAGAAACAGCAACACUAUAAAGUUUAAACGACUAUGUUCAGGGUUCAAACAAGGUAUUUGAAAGAGGUUUGUUGCAUAUCAAAUAAGGAUGAGACUGUUCCUUAUUUUUAUGUAUGAAGUGCAGUAAGAAUUGAUUGUUCUUGUUUCCAAGGCGAGCGCUGUGAGGACAGGGGGCGGACUUACCAAGAGAGUUGUGCCAAUCAAUGUCCCCGCAGCUGUGCUGACUUAUGGGAGCAUGUGCAGUGUCUCCAAGGAGCCUGUCACCCAGGUGAUCUCUGACCUCUAAAAUAAGAUGUGGUUAAAAAAUAGUGUGUGAUUACAAGAUUGACUGAUAUAGCACCCGUUUCUGCAACUAUAUUUCUAUAUUUCUUUUCUUUGAUUUAUUAGGUUGUAGGUGUGAGGAGGGUCAGUUGUUGCAGGAUGGCCGCUGUGUGUCAGUGACAGAGUGUCGCUGUGGGAUCCCAUCAGGCAACGGGACACUCGAGUUCAACCCUAAGGAAGAACUCUCUGUGGACUGCAACACUUGGUGAGAACAGCGUCAUGUCAGUUUAACUCUGAAUCUGUUCUGGUCUGUUAUACCUGCACUUAGAUUUGCAUACUUUACCCAUCAAACCUCACCCCUCUUUGUAGUGUGUGUGAAAAUGGCACUCUGGUGUGCACCAAACUUCCCUGCCCUGUUUAUGAGCCCUGGAGCCCCUGGAGCUCAUGCUCAGCCUCCUGUGGUCCUGGACAGAGGACAAGGACACGUCUCUGCAACAACACAAAGGGUGGUCCUCCCUGUGGUGACACCAAGCAGACAGAGAGCUGUGAAGUAAUGCCAACGUGUCCAGGUUUGAUAUGGGACAAACACCCACAUGCACACUUAGAAAAUACGUUUUUUUUUUUGUUUGUUUGUUUGUUUUUUUUAGAAAAGUUCAGUUUGUGAAAAAGGCACAUUAAAAUUAAACGGUCUUUGCUUUCUUCUUUUGCCGUCUCUCUCCAGAGGGAUGUUUCUUGAGCGAGUGGUCUCCCUGGAGUGAAUGCAGCGCCACAUGCGGUGGUGGGUCGUCAGUGCGGAACAAGACAGUCCUCAGAGAGCCAGAGCCGGGCGGGGCUGCUUGCAUUGGACCACUAGAACAACACGCCGUCUGCAACACGAACAGCUGCCUACCUGGUAACGCAGCACACACAUCAGUGAAAUCUUCUCCGAGCCUGAGUAUAAAGCCUGAGUUAAAGUCAUCGAAAAGUUGUUUCCCAGCAACAUGAAAGACCUUUAAUGAGAUCUAUUUUCAGCUGUUGAACAGUAUCACCUAGUGAAAUGUGUCAUUCCAAGCUAGAAGUUAUGCAUCACACAGAACAGUACAUGUUUUUUUUUAAUCUUUUUAUUUCAGUAAGAUAGGAGAGAUUCAGCUGUCAUAUCAAUCUGUGUGUUCACUGGAUUUCUAAGAAUCAAACAUGUAUAUACCACAUCUUUGAAAACUCUGUUCCCUUGUUUUCCUAAGUUAUUUAUACAGGAUAAAGUGAAAUUAAUAUAACGUUUAUUUGUCUGUCUGUGUUGCAGAGUGUCCCCGUGGACAAGUGUACAGUAACUGUUCAGGCUCAUGCCCACAUACCUGUGAAGACCUGUGGCCACACGCUCAAUGUCUACCAGGACCCUGCUCCCCUGGCUGCACUUGCCCUCCAGGACAGGUCUGAGCACUUCUGCUUCUGUGUACAGUUCACUGUAAAGGUUUACAUUACCCCUGAUAAAGUCCCACUCUCACUGUGUCCCCUGUAGGUGCUAUAUGAAGGCUCCUGUGUGUCCCACUCUGACUGUCCUUGCUCACCAUUGUCCUUGCCGGCUGAUUACUGGAACUGGAACAUCAGUGCUCACGAGGAUAGAGAAGCUCUGCUGCCACCUGGAACUGCCGUUCACCACCUCUGCAACACAUGGUUAGACACGAAACAUAUGCUAGCUAUUCAUUCAUUAGGUGUUUUAUAGAGACCAGAUCAGCCAGAUCGAAAUCAGUCCUUCAGAGAUUAAAUCUAAACCAGGUCUACCUCAGAGGCCCUGUGAAUAAUGUGGUCCAAGGUGAAUCAUUGUCUCCUGACAUUAAGGGUCUGUAUUUUAGGGUUGCAAAUCAGUUUGACAAGUCAAUCCUCAACAUUGUGUACUGCCUUCUCUUCAUUGUGUACAGAUAAAAACAGCUCUUCUUCUACUUCAGGGAAGUUUUUCAUAAUCAUUCAACCAGUUGAUUAUUUAUUCAGGUGGCCAAAGUUUUAUCCUGUUGAAACUGCCAUAACUUCCUCAGUUGCCUGGUUAUAUCAUUAAAAGAGGACUGCAUGACAAAAUUAAACUGGCAAUAAUCUAGCUUAUUAAUAAUUCCUCAGGUACUUAGUUGCAGCCUCAUGUUUAAAUAAUAUCGAUUUUCAGUCUCAUACUAGCUUCAUGAAUUUGAACAGAAGUCUCCUGCUCUCGUAGGUUAAAAUCAAGUAAUGUAUGGAUUUUACUAAAUUUAGUAAAGGAAAGGACAGUCUUUGCAAAUGGAGGAAUUUAACCCAGAAGUCAAGCCACAGUUUCUCAAUACUACUAAAAAUAAGUAAAGUCAUUAUUAAGAAUUAAGUCUAGUGAGUGGGACUCCACUGUCUUCUGGGCCUGUUAAAGAUUGUUAUGUUUUUCUUUUUUUAACCCUCUGACAUAAUUUUUGGAAACCAAAACCACAACUCCAAAAAAGUUCAGACACUGUGUGAAAUCAGGCACAAUUUGUGCGCCCUUUCACCCUAACCUCAGUUGUCAACAAUGAUGCCUUGUUAAUACAAUACAAUACAAUACAAAUGCUAAUACAAAGAGUUGUUAAAAAGAUUAAACUAGUUCUUAACUGAACUGGAUGUAUAUGCGACACACUGUCAAUACCAUAGACUGUAUAUAGAAUGGACAGCGUCUGCCUCCUCGCUGGAUGAAGCCACCGUGAGAACAGCACCCUCUGGUGAUAGGCUGCAGUAUAGGUCAUAAAUCCUGCCUCCUCCAGCAAUCCCUAUGGAGCUUUGAACAAACUUUAGAAAUUAAUUACACAGAAUAUACAUUUUUCUCCUUCUGACAUGUAGUUACUGUAAGACUGGUUUGUGCUCAAGUCCUCUUUUUUCUGUGCAGUUCCAUUUUUAAAAGUUUUUAUGGGGUUCAUGUUUUCUUUGAAUGACACUUGAUACAGCCUGUGGGUGUACAAACAAUGCGUGGCUCACUGGGGGGAGUUGCUGUUUGAGCCGAGCGUCAUCACAGCGAAAAUCUGCAACUCUCCAGCACAGUGUUGGUUUCAGGAAGUGGAGAAAAUCACGGAAAUACAGAGAGCAAUUUGGCUUUAAAUUUGUGUAAUAAUGGAAGGCAGAACCAAGUUGUCCAUAGUUUAUACAGUCUAUGGUCAAUACAGACACACUCACACUCACUGGGUUAGACAAAGUUAACUUUAACUUAACCUUUGCUGGUGAAAGGGGCCACACAAUCUUUUUUUUUUUCUUUUUUAAAAGUGUUUUGGGGUGUGGACAGAGUUGAGUUUUAUUGUACAGUCACCAACGUUCCAGUCUGGUACAGUGAUAUGUACUGUAACAGAUAGUCUGGCAAACACUAGACAUUUCGUAUGUCAUUUUAUCCCUUACAAAAGCUUUUUAUUCAGUGAUUAUAGUCUGACAUGCUCAGCUGUGUGACAUGAUGGCAGUGUUUGGUGUCUCAGUAUCCAAAUAUAUUAACCUUACUGACCUCGUUCUUCUUUUUCUUACCCUCUCCAGUGUGUGCAAAGGAGGAGUGUUCAACUGCACCUCUGAGCUCUGUGACGGUGAGUGAUGCUCCGCCGCAGCUGUUCUUACCUAUUGCAUAUCUUUCACAUUAUGGGGCAUCUCUCUUUCAGCAAUGAAACCUCCAGCAACAGUCAUCUUUAGUCGAAACUAUCAGGACCAUGAUAGAUAUGUCAAACCUAUCUAUAGUUAGAAACAGCUGCUGCAACAGUUGGCUCAAAUAACUGAGCGACAGUCAUAUCAGUCACAGCAUACAAAGGCCAUUACUGGGCUUUUGUUUCAUAAACACAUGAUACCAUCACAAACUCGCCGAGGGGGGGCAGGGGGCUGAGAGAUUGAGGGGAGCAAAGUGUAAGAAAAAGUAUCUCCUCAAACAUUAAAACAGAUAUGAAUGUGUUAGGAACUUUGCAUUUCAUCUGCAAUUUCAAAUCUCCUUUUUACAGAAAUGCUUCACAUUUUGACAGUUAUUUUUACAUUGUAUGUCACCACAGGAGUUUAGUCUGAGGUGUUAUGUUGAAUAGAUGGCUGUGAUAAAACGCAAUUUUGCCAUUGAGACCUGUAAUUAUAUUUUCCCAACAAACAAAGAGAUAUUGCUCCGAUGACGAAUAGCUUUUAUUUGCUGCUCUACUGCUGCAGGUUUAUGAAGGUAGGGUGACCACUGACCUGGAUGUGUUUAUGCUCUUAUAUGAUUGUCAUCGACUGCAGUGGACUGUGUGUGGUCCAUGUGGUCCCAGUGGAGUCCAUGCUCAGCGAGCUGUGGUACAGGGCAACAGCGCUCAACCAGAGUCAUCCUGCAGUCCAGCCAGUAUGGAGGAGCCCCGUGUGAGGGCCCUGAUCGCCGAGCAACAACAUGCAUGGCCCCUGACUGUGGUAAGUACACAGAGGGGGGUUUAAUCAGUCUAAAAGAGAGAAAGCUGCUGCAUCUUGUUUAAGCAAAUACUGUUUGCUGUUUUUGCAAAUAUCAAGUUUACAACAAUGGAGUCAGAAUCAAACCUGGGACAUUUUUCCUGCUGAUAAUUCUAUUGCAGAUAUACAGCAGAUUUUUCCUAGACAUGUUAUGAAGCAAGUAAAGAAAAUAUUAGCUUCAUUUGAUAAAAUCAGUUCUUUCCUGGCUUCUUAGAGUAUAUUUAUGUUAAUCAAGGCUUGUACUACAAAGCACGCUCAACACAUAACCACAUGUGUGAUAUGCAGUUUAGUUGAAAAACUUACUGUGUUACACAGACCCUGCAGGACUUCCUCAAAUGCUGCACUCAUCUUUUCUUUACUCUAAAUGAUCUCUUUAAAUUGAAUUUUACCUGGAAUGACCAAUGGUCUUGUGUGUUUUUCUAUUUUAUUUUUAUUUUUAAUGAUUUUUUAAAAUUAGAGAAUCUUCUUUUUUGUUGCUAGCUCUCAAAAUACUUUUAUUUGAUGCUUGCCUCCUCCUUGACUUCUUUUCCCCAGCGACUCAGGAUUAAAUUGUCUCCUCUUUCACAAAUGUCUCCUCCCUGUCCUGUCUCACCUUUCCUCCUCUUUUUUUGUUCUCUAUCCCUCCCUGACACCUCUUUUGCUCAUCCAUCUCCUCACCCUUUCCUCAUCUGCAGCAUGUCCUGUCGGCGAGCAGUGGAGGAGGAGUGUGUCAGAGACGGCCCCGCUGUGCGAGAGGAGCUGUGAGGACAUUUACUCCUCUCCUGUCAACUGCAGCCACUCCAGCGAGGGCUGCGUGUGUCAGGAGGGGCUUUACCGAAACACAGAGGGAGCGUGUGUCAUUCCAGCCCUCUGCCCCUGCUAUGACCAGGGCAUCCUGCGGGAGGUAUGCUCAAACCCACACAUGCUGGACCAGACCCAAAGUAAACAGACAUCUGCUAUCCGACUCACUCUCUGAGCAGCUUGUACCUUUUGUGCGUGCUGUAUUGUGGUGUGUGUAUGAACUUCACCAUUGUGGUGUUUACGUUCCCUCCCAUUCACUCCCAUUGUGUUAUUUACUCAUAGAGAAGGGCCCAUUAGAAGAUGAGUGACAUGCCCCAUGGGCAACAUUACACCACAAUGCCUCUCCAGCCCUCAGUUUCAUCAAUUAUAGAUGUGGUGCCGUAGAAAGCCAGCCCUGGAACUGCAACAGGGCUAGCCUGCCAGGAAUUAUUUAUGAUGGAGAGGAUAUUAUCGGAUUAUAAGAAUUAAUCAUACACUGACAAGAGGUCAGAUCCCCUCCUCUUGAUCUUUUUCUAUUCCUCAGGCAUGUCUCUUUCGCCUUUAUUCUCUUUUGUGUUUUUUUCUCUUCUCUCUUACAACGGCCUACAUCCGCUUUAUCUCUCAUUAGUCUUUCUUCUUAUUUCACAGGGUUCAUGUUCAUUAACUCACUUUUCCCAUCCCCUUUCUCUUUUUCAUCAUUUUUCCUCCAGCCUCCACCCCUCUCACUCAUCGAUUUUUAUUCUUGCUUCUUCAUUUCUGUCCAUCUACUUUGUAUUUUUUUUCCAUGUGUCUGUCUGCUGUUGGUGACUAAUGUCCAUUUAAAGACCCUCUAUGGUUUCCUUAUCAACUACCUCAUGACUUUAAUGUCUAAUGGCUCAGUGAGCCACAAAAGCACCCCUGAGUGGGUGUUUUCAUAUGUAAAAAACCAAGCUUCGUUAAUGGUUCCUUUAGCCGACAGACACACACACACAGGCAAACACACUUACUCACACUUAAUGCACUCUAUUAUUUAAGUAUUUAUAAUGUGUGGUGGUAAUUACAGCAUCAUUUCAGCCCUCUUUAACCCAAAUUAUGCCUAAGAGUAUGGCCUGAGCCUUUUUGGAUAUAAUAGAUCUUAAAUUUAGGAUCCCUUUUUCAAAGAAUCCAACAAAUUGUUGAGGAAUUAUCAUUUUAUCUGCUAUUGAACAGUGAGCUGGUGUGAUAUUUGUGUGUUUUUUGUGUGUAAUAGGCAGGAUCAGAGUGGGAUGAAGGCUGUCUGUCAUGUCGCUGCGUGAACGGGAAAAAGCUGUGCCAGUUAAGAUGUCCACCACUCCACUGUGACGAGGUGAGAAACACACACUGACACUAAACACUGAUUUAAAGAUCAAGUUUGUGCAUAUACAUCUUCUUGCUUUGAUGAUAUGUCGCUUAAUUUUAGGUAAACUCCAGGUGUGUCCUGUCAUUGCUAGAUGUUUGCAGAGAAAUCUAAUGCUAAUCCUGUUUCUUACAGCAAAUUGGAUAACCUAAGUCUUUCACCUUUUAAAGAUGUGAGGGUCUGAGUAAACAACCCCUGAUAACUUACACAAACAUAUUAAGCAACAUUAUCGACUGUGUUGCUACUAAUGAGGCUCUGACUUAUAUCAGGGUUUCCACAGACAUCACUGGCAGUUGGUUAAAAGGAGAACUUUACCAAUUUGAAGCAGAAUGAAAGCCUGGUCAGGCAGAUUACAAAUGACUUGGCGUCUCUGUGUUACCAGAUUUUUAGGGGAGGAAUCAGAAAGGUUUAAGUGUGGCUCUAACUUUAAAGAUUGAGUUAAUGUCAUGCAGUAUAUCGCGAAAAGAAAGAUGGUCAAUCAGCCUUCUCUUUGCAAACCUGUGCAUUACUGCAGUACAGAGUCUGGUUUAACAAUCUCACUCGCAGUCCCUUUCCUUGCAGCAUUGAGAUUGAAACACUCAAAUGAGGUCAAGACCACAGACAGCAUGGUCAAAGUUGAUGAAUUAUUACAUUUGUCGUUUUCUUUUGUAGUAGGCAGACAGACUGGAGAAGACGGGGAGACUUGUGCUGAUGGUCACCUGUUAGGAGCUUGACAAAAAGCUGGGCACUGCAAGGACUUAGUACAAAAGUUGCUAAAACCAAGCAGUAUAUUUUUAGUAGUAGACAGCCUUACUUUAGAAGAAAAGCCAUAGUCAGUGAAAUCAUAUUUUGUAUUUUCGCUUCAUGUUUUUGGGGGGGUUUGAAUUUUAAAGAAUGCACCCAAGUUUAAAAAAAAACAAAACAAAAAAAAAAACAAAAAACACCAAAAUACAGACUCUGAAGCCUCUUCUGCAGGUAUGACUGAACACUAAUAAACAGAGAGGAUAAAGAUUCACAUAAAGAGGCUGAACCAGUUAACCGCACUCACAUCAAUCCAUUCAGCCACCAGGGCUACUGCACACUCAUACAGUUCACAAAGUGUCUCUGUUGUGCAAAAAGGUCUCAAUUACUCUGAGCGAGGGAGAAAACGCUCUGCUCCCCAUAGAAUGUGUGGGAUGUUUUCUCCCAGCGACUGGCUGAAGUAGAUCAAUACCUGGCUACUGACCUCCCACAAGCCUUCACACUUUCUUAUGAAGCCUCUACCUUCCAUUACAACACUGAAACCUGGUUUCCUCCUCCUGGAAACUUGUGUUUUAAGGCAUUGUAACACACCUGGUCUUCUGCAAAGCUGAAAGCUGUUCUGGAAAAAAGUGGCUAUCAUAUUUUGUCUCUAAAAAGCAGCUCUGGCUUUGGUUAGUGUAUAUGUGCAAGGAAAAAUAGAUGUUUUAGUCAGACUAAUAUGUUCACAUAUAUAUCAAAAGUCCAGUUUUAGUUGGAAAACAUCCGAUAAGUAGUUUUUUUCAACAUGUUAAUGUUUUGCAUGUCAGCAUCUACUUUAAGGGAAGGUAGAGGCAAAUACUGUAGGAUUUAAAGUGAAGUUACAAUCUCUCACAGGAGCUUUUUUAAUUAGUUUGAUCUUGGAUUUCCUGCAUGUUUCAGAGCUGAAGUGAAGUGUUUUUUGUGUAAAAAUGCUGAAAACUAUAAUUCCAGUUGUAUAACUCUUAUCAUUUUGUACUGGAGUAUACACAGAUGCACAAAGAGAUACUGCAAAACCAUAAAAUGUUUGGCUUUUCUUUUAAAGUGAGCAGAUACUUUUAUUAAUAACUCAAGAGUCCAGCUAGGUUUGAUCGAUCAUUAGAUAGAUUUAUUGACUAUUUUCAUCUCUAUAUGCGACACAGUUUGCAAUUCAAAUGGCCAAAAGCCCCAACAGACCAAUGAAAAGGGAUAUGAGUUUGUGCUCCUUGGUGUUCCACUCAUGUAAAGUCAGCAAAUGUUGAUAAAUGCCACAAAAUUCUGAAGUUCACCGAAAGACUUUAUCAGAUUCCUGCAUACGUCUAAUUUAUAAUAAGUUUAGUUUGUAAUGCAGUGACAUUUAGCAUAUGGUCUGGGUAAUUGUUUUAUCAUGCAUCAGAGACUACAUAAACCAGUGCAGGCUUGUAAUUGCUGAUGACAUCCUCUUCACAGAAAAAAGUUGACUCAGCCUUCAUCUUGUAGUCAUGGGUCUAUGAGUUGUCAGAAACUGGUCAUCUCGCUGCAGAGGCAGAGUUUAGUUUUAAUAAUGCAUGUGUGCUGUGCAAUAAGAGGCAGAUGAAGAAGACAGUAAAUGGAACCACUUCUUGCACUCUUUAUAGAUAAUUUAGAUCAUUUAAACUUUUGGUGACUCAGAAGAGAAGAAUCUUUGUCUGAGCCUCUUAUAGAAAAAUAUAGGGACUGUGUGACGGUUUCAGUGUUGAAAGUAUUUAUAACAAUGGGGCUGCUUUCUUGAGUUUUGUAAGAAAAGUGAGGUAGGUCCUGAAUGCUUCUUCUCUCUCUGCUUCAAAUAUUUAACUACACCUCAAUUUUAAAGGUCAGUUCUUUUGAAUUUUACUUGUUUUCAUUGGAUAAAUUCAGUUUUUAUUGUAAGGAGUAAUGUUAUAAACCUACUAGGGCUGGGCAAUAUGGCCUCAAACCAAUAUCACAAUAUAUUGAGCAGUUCACCUCGAUAAUGAUGAAUGGAUGAUUACCACUCCACAAGCUGCUCAGCCCCUCCCACAUUAACUUCAUCUACUUCAGGCCCCCACUCCAGCCACUAAAACUUUUGAACCGUCCUCCAUCUCCUCACCUGUCUUUCCCUCUUUGUUACGGACUGGAUGGGGUGGAGUCACAUCUCCGACGUAGGACAGCAUCUUAAAGUGACACGAGACCAUAGCCUACCUACACACAUCCAAAACCAACUUUUAUUUAAUUUUUUGACACCAAAUAUACAAAUAUGGGCAAAAUGGCAUUGGUUAUUGUUGUAAAUUUCAGUAUUGGUAAAUUUUCAGUUUAUCGUCCAGCCCUGAAAUGUACCCAAUUAUGUUAAUGUGUUUUUGAGUUUUAUGGUGUAGAAAAAUAAUGCACUGAUAUGGUUGUCCAUCUUGGUAAGAUGCAGAGGACACUACUUUUUUAAGGCAAGUGAAGUCUGUAACAUUUCCCUUCAUAGAUCACUGAUGAAGUCAAGGCAGAAAGAAAAACUGAAAUCUCAAACCUCGGGCAUAUAAAAAUAACUAAAUUACCUCCCAGACUCAAAACCAUAAGUUAGUAAGAAAAAGUUGCUUCUCCUCUCAAACUUGGGUAAAUUGAAGCAAAACCAUCUGCUUUGCUCAGUUCAGGGAAGUCAAGUGGGAAAAUUGUCUUGCAUAUCUGUCUAAAUACUCAUGAAAAAAAGUCCACCCAAAAAAGAGGCAAACUUAGCUUCUGGAAAGAAAACAUUUCUCCUAUGAGAUGGAGCUGAGGAAAGUCACAGUAGAAAGUCUGUCUCAUCCUUGACACAGAAAACUGAAUUUAUAUCCUUAGCACAGUGGUGCUGAAUAAAGGCCAGAGUAAAAAUAAAUUCUGCUGACAUCCAGGACUUUAAAGGAGAGGUUGAUUGCACGGUAGGCUCCUCACAGUAGCCACUCUACUGACUGGUUCUCCUGUGGUGAACACAGGUCUUUACACUGAUGCACGACUUGCGGUCUCAAACCCCCUGCUUUCAGCAGCUGCAUGAAGUCAUACAUCAGUGAAACAACUCUAUUUCUUGGACAAAAUGUGAGGGCCAUAAAUACCCUUUCCUCUCAGCAUAUUUCCAAACUUGCCUCAUUCCACAUCUGGGAGCCUCUUUUAAAGUGUACUGUACUAUAUGUGCUGAAGAAAGGACACAGUUUGAAAGUCUGCGGAGAUACUCUCUUGGUUGUUAAAAAACAAUAAUGCUGCUUUUUCGUUUUUUUUAUUUAAUAAACAGUUGCUCUUUUAUUGUUGUCAUUAAAUCUCCCCCAAUCUAAUCUCCAUUAUGAAAACAUUAGGGAACACUGUCAAAGUCGUUUAGGCCCUUAUUUUACUAUAUUUGAGUAAGCAACUUUUCAAAACAAAUAAAAAUGUUACCUUCUUUCACUAAAAAGAGAUUCUUUAUUGGAAAAACAGUUUUCAAAACUUCCUUGGCUGCUUUACAAAUUAAAACACUGCAGUGAAUUCUGUGAGAAUGGAUUGUGGCCACUAUUUGCAUCAAGAAUUGUACAAGAUUUGACAUUUUUACCUGCUACCUGCUGAAGGUUUACUUCACAGAACAUAGGGGCAUUAAAGAAGUCACCACAAAUAUCUACAACUUAAUACAGUUUGGUCUUAUUUGUGAUUGAAAUGACUUUGAAGCAGCUCCAGCCUCUAAUGUGCAGAGCUGCACUGUGCGCUCUCAUCCUGACAGCCCUUAAUUCAAUCUUCAAAUCUAAUGAGCAGGACAAAGGGAAAGUUUGUACCAUAUUACUGUGGAGUCAAUGCAUUACAGAUUUCACGUUUCACAAAGCAGCUCAGUUUUGUUAAAGACCCACUAUGAUGAAAAUCAGGUUUUUUACACGUUCAUAUGGCAUUUUUUUGAUGCUACAUGAUAUAUCAUGAAAAAAUAAGUGCGAAAUUGCAUUUCAGAGUAUUUCUGCAUUCAAAUCGCUGUGAGUCUCUGGCAGACCCAAAUGGCAGGUUCAGAAACAGUAAGAUUUUCUAUGUCACAAAUCCAAGCUCCGCCCCUGGAGCCCCACUUUGCAGGCCAGACUCGGAGAAGUAGAGAGGACGAUUGUGGAACAAAUGUGUGCGUUAUCAGAUUGCAAUGCUCGUAAGAAAACUAAUAAUGAUAUUAAUUUUCAUCAUGUCCCAAAAGAUAUUAGUGUCUCAGAGCUAAAUAGCUCCCAUGUUACCUGACACUUCUACUACACCGGCAGUGUUAGGCUGCAAGCUAGCAUUAAGAGGAGUGUGCAGAGCAGCGCUUUCUCAGCCCACAACGCAAAAAAAAAAAAAAAAUACACAACCCUCAGGUUGAUUUGAUCCCCUAUUGUCAAUAAAAGUAAUAUUAACAGAUUGUAUCAUUUCCAGUCGUCAAGAGAGGAAAUUCACUUUAGUCAAAAUUAAUUAUUUAUUACAAGCAAACAUUUUUACUUUGGCAGCAUGGCUCUGUUCUGAGGGUUCCCUGCCCUUCCAUGCGCUUGCACGGAGUGGCUCUAAGAGGGGAGAGCUCCUCCCUUCCCUUUCAUGUGCAUACAUGAGAGCCAAGGCAGCAAAAUAAAUACAAUUAAGAUAAAUAAAUUAAAAUCCCCCAAAACAACUGUACAAUGCCCGGCUAUAAGAGGGCAGAGCUCCUCCCCUCCUUUUCAUGUGCAUGAAAACAUGAAAGCCAAGGCAGCAGCAAAUAAAUACGAAAAGCCCCCCCUCCCCCCAGAACAACCAUACCAGGCAACCCUCCCCAGCUUCAUGAGCUACAUGAAAGCCCCUACAGGGGAGGGAGAGCAGCAGCCAGCAGCGAGAAAUUAUGAAGCAACCUACCCACCUCCAAAGCUUGUGUAGUAUAGGGUACCCUCAAACAUGAUCGUGGAACAGGAUUAAUUUCAUCCAUACACACAUUUAUAAUUGGGAAUAUGCUUAAGAAUACAAUAUAUAUGGGACAGAGUUAUGGUGCAGCAGCAUUUUUCUGAUAAUGGUGGUCUGAGUCCCAGUGAGUGCACUUCAGCGGUGUGAUGGACCAGCUAGAGUCUUUUUGUCUUAUUGAAGCAGCCUGUUGGGAAUAUGCUUAAGAAUACAAUAUAUAUGGGACAGAAUUAUGGCGCAGCAGCAUUUUUCAAAGUACUGGUGUCAAAGUACUAGUUAAUUGAGCAUAAGCAUUUCUUGAGCCUCAGGCCUGAGGUAUCGUUCAUAGGCUGAUGAGAACGGUUGACCGUAGCCUUGAGUGUUGAGACGGGGACAAUGGAGGAUGCCGUUGCAGCUGCAUCUAUGGGUAGAGUCGCGCUCGGGUGGGAGCAAGCAGGAUUGGCAGAGCAGGCAGAGGUGAGCAGAAACCAUGAUCUGGAUAUAGGUUUCCCUUCUUCGGUGGCAGAGAGAGGCUCUUGCUUGCUGGCCAGUGGCUGGCCACCAAACCUGCUAGGAACCCCUGAACCAGUCCUGUUAUCAAAUAAUUCACAACAGCAGUUGGGAUGCUUUGCCAUUUCCUUCCCCAGCUCAGGGAUAUUUGAUAGAGUAAACAGCUGUAUUCCUCUUUUUUUACAAGGCGGGUGGAUCUUGGGCGUGCUGCUUUUUUAGAUAACUGUCCCUGCAGUAACUUGGUUUUGCCAAGUUGUAGGCUUAGAAGAAGCUUGUUGGUUGGCCUGUAGCCACAGUUUUAGGGCACAGUUAAAAGGUGUGAACAGGGGAUAUUAUAGGAUAAGGUUCUUGCAUGUACUGAACCAUAGGCUUUGAACAAGAUGAGCAUGCCCACGUUUCGCGGGGAGCUGACUCUGUUUCCACAGUAUCAUCAUCUGCUGCAUCUCUCUCUUGAACAUAAAUCUAUUGAUCUACUUAUUUAUCAUUUUGAUUUAUUGAAUCAGAAAUAAUGGCGAGAUAUGUGUCCAGCUCAGUUCUGCGUGCUGAGAACACUUCACAUAUGACAUCUCUUAGCUGAAUUCAUGAUGCUCAUGAAUUCAGCAAAGGUCGGAGAUUUAAACAGCCGGGCAUCACGAUAUUUAAGCAUCACAGACUUGUGAAACAAUCUCUUUUUUUUUUUUUUAAACACAAUUUCUCCGGCCUUAGAGAAGACCCCCUCACAAGGCACAGAAGAUGCCGGUGUGCACAAAAAGGCAAGUGCAAGUUUGUGUAAAUUUGGGUACAGAAUUUUUUGCCUCUCCCAGUACUCCAGAGGGUUUUCCAGUCAUCCUAUGUGUGGUUCUGAAAGGUACCGCUGGACCUCCACAGUGGCAUCUGCUGUAACAUUUUGACACCUUCUUGCCUCCAUGAUGCUGGUGUCCAAAUGAUGCCACAAUUUGCCACCUAAGAGGAAACCACAGAUCAUGUUAGUAAGUGUUCUUAUAGGAAUAAAUGAUGUCGAAAUGUAAAGUAACAGAUUACCUCCAGUGACAUCAUGAGAGGUAGAGGCCUCGGGAAUUUCCUCUCUGCUUUGUUGUGCCCUUACAACGUCAGCACACUCUGAUGUCAGUCGCUUUACUGCUUCAGUAAAGAAAAUCCCAUAACCUUAAAAUCGGGGGUCCAGGAGUGUAGCAAGGGACAUGAUGCUCAUUGACUGCAAAGUAUAAAGCUUCUCCCAUAGCUGCCUGAUGAGCUGGUCUCCAUUUCCGAUGCCACUGCAGGUGCUGGCUUUGUCAUUUACUCCUGAAGGUUUUGCACCAGCAUUUUCAUCAGGGGGGACAACUUUGGAGGCAGACACAUUUUCUUCGGUUGACAGUGGCAUCAUAAAAAGGGAGACAGCAACGAAAGGCACCGUCCAACAAUGUUGAACUCAUCUGAUGUGAUCAUGUGCAUAUCGUGUUGAAGCCCAGCCAACGCUGCUCCAACUGGCUCCCUUCGCUCCACCAAACGUUGCAGCAUCAAAAGUGCUAUUACAUCUGGUCUCCACUUCUUGUAUUAGCUUCAUUGUUGCCAUCUCCAGCUGAAACUGCACUUGUGUAGGCUUCUCCUUUAAAGACACAGAUGAGUAGGCCAUUAGAUAGCUGCAGAAAGAACACAACUAUUGAUGUUAUUAUAAAUUGGAAUAAAGGGAAUGACCAUACCUUAGCAGUGGUGAUGCUUCUAAAGAAGCCAACUAGCUUCCUUUCUUUAGCCCGGAUGCCGGAAAGCACGGGGCAUCAGAUUGAGGGCAUGUGCAAUACCAAUAUGGUGCCAAAGCUUCAGCUCUUUCCCACACGCAACCAUAUUGGGAGCACCAUCAGUAACCAUACAUGUUACCUUAUUGGUGAUUCCCCAUUCCUCCAUCAGGGAGGCUUUCACACAAGCUAUGUUUUCAGCAGUGUGUGAUUGGGGGAAUACUUGCACCUCAAACAGCACUGAGCUGAGCCUGGCUUUUUCCAUCCACAAAAUGGCAUGUUACAGCCAGGUAGGCAUCCAUGUUGAUGGAUGUCCACAUGUCAGAGGUUAGGCUAACAGCAGCCACCUUUUCAACUUUAGCCUUAGCCUUCUCCUUCGCUGCCUCAUACUUGGCCUCCACCAUGGCCUUCAGAGCCUAAUGGAAAAUAUAUAAAAUACUUAAUCUGUUUGAAUUGUUAGGCAUACAAUUAAGUACUCAUUUGUUUCAUGCAUGCACCUAUACAUACCUGCCUGAUAGGGAUAACAUACUUAGGAUCCAAUUUGGACACAAAUGCCCUAAAUCCAACAUCUUCCACAAUGCUGAAGGGCUGUGUGUCCUUCACUAUCAUGGAGACCAGGGCAUCAUAAAUACAGUGUUACUUGUCUUUAUUUGCACAAUAAACAAAAGUAAACAUGGAAAAAUUUUGAUAGUGUUUUUGUAAUAUUGUUAUGACUUACCUUGGCUAGAUGAAGCUCCAGUUCCUGUGGCGUAUCUUGUGGACCCAGAAGCAGACACAGAGGCAGAUAGCAAAUUAAAGAUGUAUUUCCAACUCUGGGAAAAAAAGACAAGGAAGAAAGUCCGGUUUGCUGGCUGGCUGUUGUGUGGGCUGGAGACACUGUGGAGAAACAGAGGAGAAGGAGGUGAGAAGACAUACAAGGGAUCACAGGGAGCAAAAAGUCACAAGUAAAUAUCUGGGAGAGAAGGCCAGGAGAAGCAUCUGUACCACUCAGGAGUGAAGACAAUACUCAGGCGCUGAGACUGAGGACUGAGGACUGCUGGCAUCUUCAAGGGGCUUGAUUGCCAAUGCAGCGCAGGUGUGGAGUCUCUCUCAGCCUCAGUGACCGGGGGAAGGGAAAGUGCACUGAAACAACAGUCAAGCCAGACAAGGAACACAAGGAAAAUGGGAAGUUAAACCAAAAUAAAACAGGAAGAAGAGGCGUCUCACCACAGUUUCCUCCUUAUUCUCAUGCAAGGCACGGUAAUGCCUUAGCAUGGAUGAGAUGUUGUUAUUGUACCCCAACUCCUUAGAACACAAUAAACAGCUCGCCUUUGAAUAAAAUUAGAAACCGUGAAAUAUAUUUCUUGAUAAGCAAAAAUUAUGCAUCUGUAAUAAUGUUGGAUUUAGCAUACCUUGUUAGGAGUUAUCAAAUCAAAGUGUUCCCACACAGGGGAAAUCCUCCUCUUCCUCUCUGGCUACAUAGUAUCACCUCUCCUACUCUCCUAAAUCUCUCUCUCUCCCUAAACUCUCCAAACUAUCUCCAAACUAUCUCAACGAUCUCCAAAUUAUCUAAACUGUCUCCAAACUAUCCAAACACUAUCCAAACUCUAGUAUCCAAACUCUUCAAACUCUAUCCAAACUCUCGACGGACUGCAACUCUCCUUCAACAACCCACAUUUGAAUGGAGCCUGAGGGGUCUAUAUAGCUGUGAAACCUCACAGCAAAAUCCAAACCACUUCCCUAAACAAUAACCUGGUCAUCAUUUUUGGCUCCACCCCUAGAUGAAGCAAGCCUCGAUACACGCUUCGCGGAAACGCCCCCUGCAUUACUCGACACACGCUCCGAAGCCUCGGCACAUCUCAUAACAUCACUACACAGAAGAGUUUGAGUGUGAAACUGCUGUACGAAUGCGACUCUCAGCAUGGUAAAAAUGUCCCUUUAACUGUGUGGGAUCAACAGCACCAUGGUUUGUGUGCUAGCUAUUUUUGCAGUGAGGUUCAUUUGCACAGAAAGGGGCAAGAUUUGCUCCUGCUGCAUCAUGGCUCAGUUAAAGGGACACUGGCACCCAGAGAAAUUACAUGUUCUGCAGUAGAGUCUGUGGAGCAAAUUUAAGCUUUUGUGUGUGCUUUGUUCAUUAGACAAUGUCUUUUGUCUUGUUUGCAGAGGUUUAGUGGACACACGCAAUCUGUUUGUGAAUCAGACCCCCAGGCGACAACAUUUUCAGUAAUUGCACAUCCAUCAAAAACCUUUUAACUUUCAAAAACUUAAAAUAAUCUCAUGUUACCAUUGAGACAAAUGUGCCGAUCACUAGAACAGCAAUGCGAUCAAAAGAAAAAUGUCAUAAUAUGAUGGGUAAUUAAAAACUAACACUGAGCUCCAGUAAGUGUGUUUUUGUUCACCAAAGUUCCCUUCAGGAAGUUUAAAAAUGGGGCUCACCAUCUUGUCAUUAUUUCAUUGAGGCAACAGACGAGUAUCAGCUGCUGCAAUCAGUGAAAUCCAUGUUAUUUGCUGUCAGAGGGCGAGCAUUAGCUAAUCCAAUACUGAAGUUUCUUUGUGGAGUUUAUCAGAUCUGUUUAUAAUAACAAUGUUUUAGGCCUGACUCGUUAAUAAUACCACUGAUAACCUACCUGAUUACUCCCACGAUGUUCCUGUUUUUAUCUCCUUCUGUUCUUUGUGCACAGGUUGUAGAAGACUUUAGAGGCCAUGUGGUAGAUACUUCAUUGUAAUCCCUCUCAAACACUGACUUCUUGUGUCUUUUGUUUGCUCAGCGCCUUUAUAGAAAUGAUUCAUAGCAUGUCCUUAACACACAUUAGACUGCUCUUCACCUGUAAUACCAAGUAUCCUUUCCUUUUAACUUAUCAGGAAUCUGUUUUUCCUUCUGCAUCACACAGACACUCAGACACCAAAAGCAUCUUAACUUAAAGCACUUCAAAGUGGUUCCUUUGUGACCGCCCACUCUUCAAAUGAGAGAGCUCCUCCCUUCCCUGAGGGGUGGCUCGGGGCGGUGUGAGGAGUGGGAGGACAAGUCCUGAGGGUGACUGGUUAGGAAAAGUGUUUUUCUGUAGGUGUCAGAGUUUGCAUGCUAGCAGCAGCUAUUCUCAGACGGGAACACCACGGGACACACUGCCGGUCUUUGGACUGUUUUGGAUCUCUCUCUGCUCCAGUACUUUGCUGCCUCUGUCUGUGUCCUCCGCGUCCUUAUGUCACUGUCUCCCUCUCUCGCUAUUUUUGGUCUAAAUGUGACUUUUUGUCUUUUUAAUUCCUGCUCUUUUCCCUUCCUGUUAAGUGAGUGUGAUAGUGUGUCUCUGUGCCCUUCUUUUAUUCUGCUCUCUACUGUGCUGGAUCUCAUGAAUACUUCAAUUUUUACUCUUGUUUGACAAAUUAUAAAAAUUAGUACAUCUCAUGAACCGUAGCCUUUUUUGCCAUGAUGCCAGUGUAUUUUUUAAAAUUGAUUUUAUACACAGUUCACCUCUUUUUUCUCUCCAUUCAAAUGUCUCAACAUCCAUCCUGAUUACCAUGAAACAAUGCACAGACAUCCCAGACAACUACUACUGUUUAAUUAUGGCUGUUUGGGGCCUGAUCCUGCUUAUACAAAGUAUGGGUACAAACUGUGACCACUACGGACUUAGUUGUACCUAGAAAUAGCUGUCUUUUUGCCAUUCUUCAUCCAAUAUAGGAAAUUUCAUCUGCAGUACCAAAAGGCAGAGCACCAUUUUUUGCAGUGGGAAGAUGCAGAAACCUAAAUGACAGAAAGUGUCCUAUUUCUAAAUGGAGAAAAAUGCCAUUUAGUCCAAAGGGGCCUCUCAAACUAACUGGAAAUUGUACAGUACAUAAAGGUUUUAGAAAUGAAGGUUUUUCACCUUUCUUUAGUCGGAUCUGCCUUUUCAGCAAAAAAGCAGAUAAAAUGUUCUCAAAGUAUCCCAAAUGGGUUUUAGAGAAGUGAAAGAUACUGCAGAGUUGCUGCCUUUUGGAAAACACCAUCUUUUCCUCUGCUGUGUCUGAUGUUUGUGCAUUGAUGAAAUGAUUGCUCAGACACUAAGUUUGGUUGCUGUUUCAGGAAAAGUUUGCUGUUAAAUCAAUGUUUGCUCACUGUGAUUGUCCAAAGAAAUGUUUUUAUUUUUUUAUUUUUGAAGUCGUCAUGGUCCAAAUAAUAUUCCUUUAUGCCUUUGACUGAAGAAAUAUUUAACAGGCACCUCCAUGUUAUCUGGGUUAUCUCUCCUUCAGGGGGAGGUCAAGGUGGAGGAACCAGGCAGCUGCUGUCCAAUCUGUAGAAAGCAGUUUCCAGGUUAGUAACAACACAGGAAAGAAAACUGGUGUAAAACCUUCUUGGUGACUGUUUAUGUUUGAGGUAGAAUUAAAUAUUAAAUUUGAUCAAAACAAAGAAUAUGAUACACAAAAGCUACACUGUCAUACUUUAAGAUGUGAGCGUCUUCAUCUUCAAGCCAGAUUCAUGACUAUGACAUGAUCUUUUUGUAUCUCAUCUCUCUCACUGCCAUGUUAUAUAAUAAUGCAUUUUCAUCCAUGGUUGCAUAAAACUAAUGGAACAACUGAAGGUAGGCAAAUGAAAUGAAAGACAGAUUUUCAGUCGAAGUAAUAAAAUUAUUUAUAGAGUUCAUUAGAGGUGCAAAGGAGCAUGGUUCAGAAUGAUAAAGAUGUAGCUUUGUGCCCAUUUGGCUUGACUUUGAGGACCCACCCCAUGCACAGAGACAAAAGCCCCCUGUUGCGAGAGUCACUGGUUUAACUUCUGGCCAUCACCCCUUUCUAUAUGUCUUCCCCUGCCCUUUACUCCCCACAUUUAUUUAUCUAUCUAUCUAUCUGUCUAUCUUCAGUUCUUCUAUCCAACAAAUGUGAAAAAAAAUAGCAUGAAACUUUUUGGCAGUAUGUAAGUAAAGUUGACACUUGGCAGAAUAAAGAUGGAACAUUUUUACCUCAGAGCGAAAGGUGGAUGGCGUUGAGGUUAGUCUGAAAUCAUCUGGGAGUUUCUUCCAGUUUUGUCCUUCUUCAUAACAAAAUCCUGCUUCUCUAGUUUUGUUCUAACUCUUGGGACGGCCCUCCGGGUCCCAGAUAUGCCAAGCAUGUCAGAGAUGAGUUUGGACGCUGAGUCACUAGUAGACUUUUACUCAGAAGCAGAGAUUUUCAAAGUAAUCCUCUGGGUAAUUGGAGGAUUGGAGUAACUUUGUCCUAUUUUUUUGUUUCUUUGGCAGGAUUUCUGUAGCAGCAUUUUGAAUACAUUGUCAUACUGUGAUCUAAUACAGUGUUCUAAUUACAGUGAUCUAAUAAAAAGUCUUAAUGUAAAGCAUGCACUGUAUCUUAUGCAUAUGAGAAUCUCACAGCAGUCUCCUGUGUUCCAUGUAUCCUCCAAUCACUACUUUGAAUCUCUGUGUGUUAUAUAGUUCAUUAUAAAGGACGCUAAAAGCCAAGUGCUGCAGUUCCCAAUUAGUGUGAGAUUACAUUGCAGAACCUACACUGGGGCUUUAAUCUGUUUCCCAGUGGAGGAAAUGUCACAUGCUGCAACGAAGUCUGGCAAUGUCACUGCGCUCUCUGGAAAGAAGUCUCUGGCUCUUACUCUGCCUUUGUCUUUUUCUUCCCUUUUCAUGCAAACACAAAAGACUAAAAUGAAACUUUCUCCAGUUUUUGGCCUUGAGUUCUCACAGUCUGAAUUCAACGAUUUCCCCUUCCCUCUCUCCUCUGCCUCCGCCCUGUGUUUCUGGCAGGCGAGCCCGUACCUGAGUGUCGUCGGUACGUACAGGUCAGGAACAUCACCAAGGGAGACUGUCGACUUGACAACGUGGAGGUCAGCUUCUGCAGGGGACGCUGUCUGUCCAGGACUGAUGUCAUCCUGGAGGUAUGGAAAAAAGAGACGUACUGUAUAUACACUCACAAUGAAGAUAUUACAGUCUAAAUAUAAGCCAACAUAGACUGGUGUUGACUUCAGCAUUAGAGACAACUGUUAACACAAUAGAAAUCCAUACAGGAAACAAAGUGGACCAAAGGAAAUCAGCUUAAAUGCUGCUGAUUGUGAUUUAUUCACUCAGUCAAUUUCAUGCAGUUUCAGACUCUACAGUUUAGAUUUAAUACACCAUUAUAAGCAAACCAUUUCUCAGACUUAUAAACAGGCAGUGAAAAGUGCCAAAAAAGUAAUGAAACUCAUUUGUUCUUUCAUAUUCCGACAAAGCUUGCCGUUUUAACCAAUGUCCUCACACUAUGAAACAAAAUAGACUUGAUUAUCACCACAGGUUUUAUUGUGUUGUCAAAUUUUCUGUCGUACCUCCCCUGGAGCAAAACCAACAAAGCAAAUUCGACAAGGCUGAUCAUUGCAGCUGCUUGCUCUAAAAAAUGUAAGUCCUUUGUCCUCAAUCAGAGAUAAUGAAUUGAGUGUGUUCCUGAAAAAGAGGGUGUUGUUAUUUUCUGUUUUCCAAAAAAACUGAGUUUUGCACAGCAUACAGCUUUUAAACUGUAAUGAUCGGAUGGAAAGAAUGGAGUCUUUUUAAUAUUUGAAUGAUGCAAUUAGCUAAUUAAUUGAUAUAUUAAUCAGUGAUCUAUUGUCUUGUAAACGAAUAGAACAAAACAAGCUUGUUUGCAUAACAAAAGCAAGCAAAAAGUGGAUUUAGGUUUUCUCCAUUCUCUUUGUGUAUGGACGUUUGCUGUGUAAAUUUCAAUGUGUUACUCUUACCUGAUGCAUAUAUACAAAUAUAGGGUGCAAGUAGCCAGGGUUUGCUGGUGUAUAGUUUGGCACAUACUAUCUUGGCAGCACCUCUUUCUAAAAGGACCUUCGUGGAGUGCAGGUUUGAUUGGAAAGAGUUCAAACUUUCAGACAAGUUUUAAGUGGAGGUAGGUGACACAAUUUCAGGUGAAUUGGUCAUGGCAGUGCCUCAGAACUAUCAGAGAUAGCUCAGACUGAGCUCAACUACUGUACAGAUAGCUAACAGGAUUGGGAAUGACGCAAAGUUAAAAUAGUUGGUACUUGAAAGAGAAACAGAGGAACUGUGGGUUGUGGUCUAGGGUGAACACAGUGGAAAUCACCGCUCAGGAGGACAGAUAGAGGAGACCUUUAGGCGUGUAACAUGAUGUUACCAUGUUUACUGUUCGUAUUAAACCUAUAAGGGUGUACUUUCUCUAUAAUGUUGGCAUCUUUCCUGGAUGUAUUUUCCUGGUUCCCUGAACAGCUUGUCCCAGGCCUGGACCUGAUAUCUGGCUCUGCAAUUGUAAAAGGACAAUGUGAAAGGACAGCCUCACCUGGGAGUUUCACUGUUCAGUUUUUUCCUUUGUGCUGUACUUUGUUGAAUCAGAUAGUUGCUCAGAAGUUUUUUUCUCUUGGUCAAAAAGGAAAAGGGUCACAGCUAUUUAUUUUUCUUAAGGCAGCAGGAGACAAUGUGAAGUUUUUAUACUUUCAGGACAUCAACAGCCACAGUGCAGCUGUUUGUGCUCGCCACAUCACUGCUGACUCCUUUGUACACAAAGGCCAUGUACCAGACAGAUUCACAUCUCAGCUGGAGUUUUCCAUCUAUAAAGGCUCAGAGCCACAAGUCACAAAACUGUAGAUAAUUCAACAAUAGCAGGUAUAAUGGAAAGCUCGGUGGGUGAUAUCAACUGGCCUCAGACAUUUUCCAAGAAGACAUGGUUAGUUGUCAUUUAAUGAAUCAAAGUGUUACAGGCAGUGGCUUAUUUGUCCUGGUUAGCACGCACAGAUAAAUAGGGAUCUCUUUUUGAGCUGCAGAUCAUGCAAAGCUACUCCGCAGGUGUCCCAGACUGAAAUAAUAAGAGGUGAAAGCAAGUAAAAUAAGUCUUCUUUGGGACCAUUUUCCAUCAGAGAGACCUCAAAAGAAAGAGAACUGUCUCAUUUACAAGUGCAGUUAAUGUUCCUGAUCAUACAGCACCGACUGAAGCAGGAUUGAGCAAGUUUUUGUCCAUUACUUAUUCUACCUGUGCAGACUCUUGGUUUUCUCAGAGUUUACAGCGUGUAGAAUAAUUUACCCAGAAAGAGAGCAGCUCUGUCCUUUAGAUAAUUUACAUUGGAAACUUUGUACAUCAUCUCCUUCUGGGCCGAUAAGGUUCCUCACUGUUAUAAACAGAUUAAAAAAGAGCUACCUUUGUAACAUGAGGGAUCCUUGCUUUAUAGUCACAUCACAGCUCACCAACUCAUUAAUCUCAACCACAGUACAUCCCUCCAGCAUCAGUCUGAUAAUAGAAUUUUCCAGAACAAAAUGAACUUAAACAUGUGGCCUGUUACAGCCUGUAAAUCAGCUUUAAUCUUGCAUUUUCCAGAUGAACACAGACCACUCAGACACCUGUAGGUAAAAGCUAACAGUCUCUGACUGGUGUCAACUUAAGUUACAGUUAAAGAACCUUUCACAUAGAUGACAUGAAGGCAGGUAAACAAAAAUACAUAAUUCAGCAGUUGAGUCACCAGUGAUCUAAAUAUAGAUGUUCUGAGCAUGAGUCUGGUUGCAGGGGUCACAUGUGAGUGAUUCUUUUCUCCUCUUGUCUCCUUUUUUGUCUUUUUCUCUUCAUUACUUCAUCGCCAUGGUGACUUUGUUUAUCUUUGGUUUCAAUAAAUCUCCAUUUUAAAAACAGGGCCAGUCAGAUAAGCAAAAAUAAACAUCAACUCGGCCAAAUGUGUCGUUACCUCCCGUUACUGUGGCAACCAGGGUUUGUAUCUGACAACUAGGCAGCGCUGAGAAGUUUCCUUUUGAUUGAUCAGCUGAAGACUGGGGGCAGCAGCAAUUAAUUCAGAUAAAUCACAUGUUCUUUCGACACCACCUGCUGAAGUAUUUAGUGGUGCAUGCAGGCACACACACACACACUAUGUACUUUUCAAAGUGUUCGACUAAUAAUACCCGCUGUUUCGAAGCUGGAGGUGUUUUGACUUUGUGAUUCUGGACCGCCACCUUCCUCUGACCUCCCUCUAUCAUCCAUCAUGCUUUGCAAGUACACAUUGUGCUUUUCCACAACCUCCUACUUGGUUCUUUUCCCAGACUAAUUGAACCUGUGAAAUAUAUUUUAAAGAGGCAGCCUUCUGUUAUUGAAACUACUGAGGCUGGGUUUCACUUUUGAAGAGUAAAAAAGAUAUAUAACCAUAUGUGAUUCUUAAAGUUGUGCCCAAAAAGGUUUUUGAGCUUUGAGGGGCUUUUUUAAACUCUCUGCGGGUGUAAAUAAAGGGCUCUUAAUAGAGGAGGUCCCACUAUUUCAGUAAAACAAAUAAACAUUCAUGCGUCAGGGGCCAUAAAUAUUACCUGUUGAUGGGAGUGUUACGAGCUAGAUUAGUCAUCUUUUUAAUUCAAUUGUAAUUCCAAAGAAGCUCCUUUAGAGUACUAGUAAACUCAAAAAGUUGACCCUGAUAUGAAUCUAUGAACAUUAUAUGAAUUUCUAAAAAAUUAUGUGCUUAUGUCAGAUUUGAUUUCAGCUAAACCUUGUAAAAACAAGUUUGGAAAGGGAAACAGUUUUCUAGGGAAACAGAAAACCUCCUCUUUUCCAUUGCUUCAACAUAACAUGCAAGGUUAAUAUUUAAAACAUUGAUGAUGUUAACGUUUUUCAUUUUUUAUGUUUUAAAUAGGCUAUAUGAUAUUGUCUAGAUAAAAACAAAGAUUUACAUUCUGGAACAAACCUCGUCACCUUAAAAAAAACACUCAAAAAUUCUUUAAUACAUUUUUACACUCGUUUCUUCAUGACGUUCUUGAGGGCUUUGGGCUGAUCUUUCAUUUUAACCAGCUUAUUGUGCGUGGCUCUAUCAUUCACAAUGUAACAGUAGUGUCUAUGUUUUAUGUAAAACUACAUUUCUGUGCAUGUGGUGUCCUGUAUACUAUCAUGUUGUAUGUCCUGAAACUGUGACAUUUUUUUUUCCAUUUUGUGGAAGUACCUGAAAUGUAGCUAAUUCACGCUAAUUGUGCUAGUCCAAGCAAAUGAACAUUAACACAAAGAGCUAAAAGAGCUAUAGCAAUUUUAUUUUCAAAGCAUAUUUCGUCACAAUGUAUUUUGAAUCAAGGAUAAAAACACAGAAGAAAUAAUCAUAGUAAUACAGAAAUAAAAUCAAUCGAUCCAUCAUACACCAAACACACCUCACAGCAAUCAAACAUUAAACCAUUAAGAAAAUAAAAACCUAGAACAGGAAUGUUGCUCGGGCAACCACUCACACAUUGUUACACGUAUGCAUUCACAGAGUAACUGUAUAAAUCUAGACGUCAGGGAUAUAGAUGGUCUGACAGAAACAGAUGAAAAGUUGUGGCUAAAUGUUGUUUUUGGACCACAGCUGUACAGCUCAGGUGCUGUGGAAGGAUGAAGCAAACCGCUAUGAAAAUCUUUCAACACUGCUUUAAAAAAUCUUUUUGUGAAAUUACAUCCUCUCAGUUGCAGAUCGUCUUUGAAUCAACCUUGGAAAGAUGUGAUAGUUGUGUUAGGACUUGAAUUUUUUUUUUUCCCCCUUAUUCUUCUUUUUUAGAAUAAAAAAAACAAAAUCUCUUUUUGGCCCAGAAUUCAGGUGUCCAGCUGUUAAAUGUGCAACCGUUUUUUUUUUUUAGCCUACACAAACCUGCCCCAUCUGUUAUGUAGUUAAAGGCAGCAUACUGUGGUGUCCCCAAUGUUUGGGAUACAGCACAGGAAAUUCAUUUAUUUUAAUGUCAGCUGAUGUCUUGCAGGUGUUUCUUUCUUUAAAGAGCCUCUCUGUAUGCAAGAAUGUAGACUGCAGUAUAUAUCAUCUCAUAUUCUGGUUUCAUAGCAGGUUGGCAGGUUCUUAUUUCUUCCCUUGCCUGCUGUUACUCUCACACUUCCUAAUUUAAUUUCACAUUCCUCCUCUUCUUUGCUUUUCUCUCUUUUCUCUACUUCCUCUUCUCUCCGUCUCCAUUAUUUUCUUACAACCUCUUUACCUUGAGUUUCACCCCCUAACCAGCAUAUUCCAUUCUCCUAAUUGGCUCACACCACCUUAUCCCUCUGGCUCUUCUUACACCCGCCUCCUCCUCCUCCUCCCUGUCUUUACUUAUCUUUCUCCAUCAUUUCAUCCCCUCUUCUCUCCCACCUUAUGUCUCUGCAGGAACCCUACCUGCAGUCAGUGUGUGAGUGCUGUAGUUACCGAUUGGACCCUGACAACCCGGUCCGUUUCCUCAGCCUGCAGUGUGAGAGCGGAGAAAGCGAGCCGGUCGUCCUACCCGUCAUCCACAGCUGCGAGUGCACCAGCUGCCAAGGUGGGAAAUAAUGAAUGUGGCCGUGAGGAUUUGCAUGUGCAUUCCUCAUGUCAUUGUGAGCAGGCAGAAUUUAAAUAAAUGUAAAAUUGUCUGCAGAGUAUACAUGUUUGCACAUACCUCAGGCUCCCAGCAGACUCAGAGACAUGACAUGGAUGUGCUCUGUAUGUUCUCAAAAUGAGAAAAAUGGGGAAUAGGUCUGAAAAAAAAAAAUACAGGCACAUCUAUAGGGGCAAUGUUUACAGCUAUUCUCAUAGGAUAACAUCAUUACAAGUGUCAGUGAAUUCAGUGAAAACACCUGACAAAAUACAGAACUGCACCUUUUUCUUCAAGGUUGAUUAACUAAUGAAGGUCAGUAUAUGAUUCCCCUGCCCUUAACAUGAAAUUUUAAAACAAGUAGUUGCUUUAAUUGUAUACUUAAAGGGAUAUUCCGGUGUAAAUGUAAGUUCAAACACCGUAACUUUGUGUUAGACCCCCCUCAAGAGAUGAAUGUUGCCAACUGCUUACUUCUCUAGUUAUACCAACUUAAGUAACGACCACAUGAUAGCAAUACACAGCGGUCUAACUCAACCAAAAAGUCACAAAUAGGGCUCAACCACAAACAAGCGGCUGCUGGAGGAGAUUGGGUGAGUUGUGCUUAGCCUCUUUGCUAAAUAAACCAGGCAAAGCUAAAAAGAUGUUUGGUGGCUAAUACUAUAGCUGGGACCCUAUAUGUACUGUUGAUGAAGUUAGGUGCUGUUCUGAGCAUUAUUUGUGGCUAAGAGUGGCUUUUUUCUUGAGGUUUGCACGCGGAAACAUAGACUGCUGUGAGAAGAAAGCUGUUGGCAACAUUCAUCUCUCGAGGGGGUGUCUAACUCGGUUUUACAAUGUGUUUAACCAUAACUUAAAUUUACGCCAGAAUAUCCCUUUUAUGCUAAGCUGUUGAACAUAAGAGAAUUUAUCUCCUUGGUUUUAAAAGGAGGACAUGACUUAAGAUUCAACAUCAUAGUAGGUGUUAAUUUGCUGAUAUGCAGAUCCUAUCACUGAUGUUACAAGCAGCCAGAAUCCCAGUGAGAUUAAAAUACUCUAACAUGUUAUUAUUUUACUGUCAUCUCAGAGGGAUCACAAGCGGCCAAGGCCAUCUUGAGAAACACAGCACAUUAUCAGCGGGCUGCAAACCAUGAAAGUAAUAUGCAUAUGCAGUCAAUUCAGAACUGCCAUCAGCAUCAUGGCUCAGAGCCCCCCAGGACGCAGAAAAUCAAUGAGUGCUUGAAAUUACACCAGUGUAUCAUUUGAUUUAUUUCCUCAUGAGUUUAGUGUCCCAAAAGCAAUCCUCAGGUCUUCUUCAACACAGCAUGUUGUUUUUUCUGUAAACUCUGGUUUUACUACAGUUUGAAUAGGCGAUGAAGCAGCAUAUGCUCCAGGGCAGGUUCCUCAUGAUGCCCUCGUCCCUGUUGCACUGGUUGUAGGAUCAAUUUCCAAGCCCUGCAGUGAUCAUGUCUGGUCGAAACCUUUCACCCUUCUCCACAUUUCUCAUCACUUUGAGGCUUUCUUGUCAAUUAAGUGCAAAAAUGCCCCCCCAGAUAUCUGUAAAAUUUAAAAUGCAGGACAGGCUUGAGGGCACAGGUACUUGUGAAUUUGGUGACGGGAAAUUUAUGCCCAAAAGCUUAUCAUGAAUAUAUCAGGUUGGCAUUUAUCAUGAUACCCCUUUUUUUCCUCACCUCUCACAGAGGAAACAGCCCUUGACGUAGUGUGUAAAACAUUUUAGCCAAUAAAAAGAUUUCAAAGAAAAAUAGCCUAUUUCAAUAAGUCCCAAAUAAUGAUCAAGAAGAAUCCCAAAGUCUUGACAAAUGAAGCUGAUGCAGAAGUGUUCAAAUCUGCAGUUUGUUGAGUGUCAUUUUCAUUCAAUCUUUAUUUAUACUCCAGAAAUCAGCGAAGGGUUACCCUCAUUUACAAUAAUAUUGAGUUCAAAUCACAGAGGCAGUAAAACUACUGUCAAUAAAGCAUUUCAAGAGAAAAGAAAUAUUGAGUUAAAGUCACUGAAAUCACCAAAUAGGAAUGAAUGUUUUCUCAGAAAUUAGAGGACAUAAAAGUGGAAUAAAAACAAGAUAUAUAUGACAUAAUGAACUGAAACUGUACAAAAUAAAAACAAAAAAAGACCACUGAUUUCAAUGACAAAAAGGUACAUUCACCUCUUAGUCUUUCUUGGUCACCCUCCAGUAAGGUUAAGUCAUCCUUUCCAAUAUGAUGACCAUCUCUAGCUGCGUUUACAUGGGCGCAAGUAAUCGGAAUAAAUGCCCGAUCUGAAUAAAAAUGCAUCAUGUAAACAUGUUGAUCAAAGAUUCUGAAGAUUCUGACCGAUUUUACUCAAUCAGAAGGAAAUUGUAUUCCGAUCUAGAGGGGUGGUUGAUGCCGAUCAUUAUUCCGAAACACAUCCAUAUAAACACUCGUUGCUAUCAUGACUCUCUUACCUGACUCAGUCUUUACUCUUAAGCCUUUGUCUUAUUUACUGAGGCCAGUUCAGGAGGUUGCAUUAUCAACACUCCGGCAUAAAACACAAACGUAGGUGCCGUGUCUGCUCCUCCAAUAACAUAACAAGGCCUACAUAAAGCGUAAUGAUGUCACAUCUGCACGCACAGUGCAACUUUUGACAGAACAGUAAAAUAAGUAUGCAAGGGCGCCAUCUAGUGACAAUAUUCAACAAGGGGUAAAAUCCUGAAUUGGACAAAGUGAGCCACUUUUGCUGACAGCACAGGCGUAAAUACAGCUCGGCAUGUCCAAAUGCUUCUAAUCUGAAUAAAACUUGGUGCAUGUAUACACACGUCAUGAUUGGAUUAUUUGAUUUUGCAGCCAUAUAAACAGUGGAUUCAGAUUUUCUAAUCUCUCAAAUUUUUAUUUGGAUCAAGAAAUUCUGCUACUGAUAGGCUUCAAAACUCCUCUCUCGACACAAAUGGGUGAUAUCACUGAGGCGUUCUUGUUCUGUGAGGAGCUUAAAAUCAACGUGAAAGCAGUUUUAAAAACUGAAUAAUCCCAGUAUCAGAUUAAUCUUUUACAUCAGCUCUGUCGCUCACCUCUAAAGAACAGGACUCUGCUUAUUUUUAGCUGCAACCUUUAGGCCUGUUGAAGGUUUGGGCCACACCCCAGUGCCCGAUGUCACAGCAGGUGUUCAAACAUGACUGUGGUCAUUCUGGUCACGACAGAGUGCAGCUUGUUAUGUUUUUCCACUGAUGCAGAAAACCAUGAACAUGCAGCGCAGGUGACACAUCAGGUGGCAGCAGGGCUUGGGGUUAGCUCAGCACUUCAACUCUAAAAUAAAUGAGGUUGUUAUUUUUUUCUAUUUUAAAUUACCUGUUACAUUGUUAUAGUCACUUUCCAUUAACACUAAGCUGACACAGUCACACAAACACAAACACACACAGAGUCACUGACAUACAUACACUUACACAAAUUCACACAGGCACAUCCAGCGUAAUCACAGCGAAACAUACGUUUGCCUUUGCUCACCAUGAAUAAUUCAAUCAAGGAUCCCACCUCUGAAGCAAUUAUGCGCUAAUCCAUUCAUCAACAUGGCUGAUUGCGUUAGUUAAUUGGAUGGAGCCACACAGGACACACAGAACAUCCCCCCACUCAUAUUCUCCUCCAGCACUACACACACUCGGACAUCACGUCUGACGGCUUCGGUCGAUACAGCAAUCAAUCUUUGAUAGUGUGUGGAUACACACAAACACACACUUUUGCACAAAGUAUCAUCUACACACACUCUAUAAACACAAGACUGUAAUGGACAAGAUCAUAAGGAUGGAAAAAUUACAUGAAGAGCAACUUCAGACACUGCUCUGAAAAUCAGUGCUGCUGUGAUUUAGUGAAAGACACGUGUUUGCAGGAAAAGACAAUCGUGCCAGUGUCAAUUUACAGAGCAACAACACAACCUCAAGUGUGUUAAUUCUUUUAUUGAACAGCCUGUCAAGCUGUAUAAAGUUUUAAUGAGGAUCAAGAGGCAACAAGACAGUAGUUUCUGUCUAGUAAUACCUUCUUUUUUCCACCAUCGCCUCUCAGUGUUUGUUUACAGCCCCAAUAGACCAGGUUCGUUUUUAAUACAUUAUCUGUAUUUUCCAAUUAAUCAGCAAAUAGUGGAAUAAAAGCCUUAUAAUUACUUGAGUGGUCUCAGUGGUUUUUGAGGUAUCAGCUUGAUUCAUUUAGACAGUGAAGGUAAUUGAUUCUAUUCCAAACACGUUAUCACCUCCUACUGGUUUGACCUGGUUUUGGGCCUGUUUUUUUAGCCAUUUCUACAUUAUAGGGGGGACAGAUGUGGUCAGAAACACCUCUGGUUUGAACAGGAAUUUUCUUUGCAAACAGAGAGAGUAGAAGUCCAUAUAAAAAACUGUAAAUGAGCAGGUUUAGCCUUAGACUCUGUUAGUGUUUUACAAAAACACUGUGCUGUCCCUCACUUUACAGGUGUGAUUACUCUCAGGUUUCAUGCUCUGAGCUGUCAAUGCCAAUGAGUCCUGUGGAAGUAACAACCCUAACAUCUACAUUAAAAACCUGAUUCUGCUCAUGUUGACGAUGUUAGCUUUUGUAGGGAGAAAAAUUUUGUAUUCUAUUAAUAGCUAUGAGUUUCCCUCCUUGGCCAUCUGUACUUUUAUCUUUUGUGUCAUCCAUCACCUCUGCAGAUAAUCUGGUGGGAGAAGGGAGCAGAUAGACGAGUGUUACCCGGCAAACUGCGCCUAUUUUUCCCAUGAACACUUACAAAAAUAGCUCCAGAAAAUCAACUUUGUGAAUCAUUUUCCUGCACAUUGAUUCACUUGAGUCUCCAGCCUGCAAGUUUCUCUUUUAACAGCUGUUUGGUGUUAUAAAUGCACGCUUUAACACUUCUCAUGCAUUUGAUUCUGUUAUGAUUCUUUUGCCCGGUUUCAAUAUAGAAACUCCCACACAGAAGGAUAUAUCAAGUCCUGCUGUUAAGAUGCUCCACAGAUAGUCAAUUUCGUCUCUCCUGCAGCGGCAGCAUUUUUCUUCCUGAUUCAUGCUAACCAUGAAGUUAUGAUUCCAUCAGUCUCGCUGUUUCUCUUCCUCACAGGAGGUGACCUGUCCAGACGCUGAGCGAGUGUGUUGAGUGGGUCUGUGAACUGAAUGUGUCUGAGUGUGAAAGUGUGUGAAUGUGUGUGGCACUGCAGAGACUGUGAGCAGAAUGAGCCGAGCAAGAUCUCCAGCUGGAUGAUGGAUGGGGAUCUUUGGGAUGGACAGACCAAAGAAUGGAGCGAUGAGUGGAAGAGUGAAGAAGUCCUGUUGAUGUACACAUUGUUCUUUAGUCCUUAGUCAUCAUAUGACUGGAUGUUACUGCUUGUAGUGAAGUUUCUAUUCUGAAAAGUUGUUUAUCCUUCAGCCUGUACAGCUUUUUUCUUUUGUGUAUUUAUAGUAAUAUUAUUAAAGGAC